AUGGAUUCUGCUCUGGAAGGGGAAUCCUGUGGUCUGUGUGCCAUCACAUACUUCUGCACAUCCACCAUCAGUACGGUCAGUGUUUCCAGUGGUACUGGCUGGAGUAAAAAUUCCAUCCUGGUCCUCAUUUCCUUUUGGAAGGGGGUUUCUUCCAUGACUGGUGGGGGCGUAACGCUGCAAGCUCUGUCUCCCUCCAUCAAUUCGGCAAUCAGCACAGCUUUUGACUUAUUGCUGGCUAUCUUACCCCUGGCUUCCAAUAGUUCCUUUAACGUCUGCCAUUUCAAUGCAGUGUAGUCUGUCUCCAUUCACAUCUGAGUUGGGUUCAACCAAAUUGCUAUUCACUUUCCUGUUCGGUAGUUUCAAUUACCCGAACACCGCUUUUCGACUGUAAGGCUGGAUCCCGUCGCUUGCCACCAAUUGUAGCGGAGCUGCAAUAUUAAAUCCCAAGAUCUCCGCUGGUACAGAAAGUAAUCCAAAGUAAAGCGCUGGAAAAGAAGGCAAUAUCCCAAGUAACCAAGUAGGCAAGUAACCGGACGAAACACAGUUAUGGGAGUCAACUGACAGAUUUAUUCACAGCUCCAGUAUUUAUGCAAUUCCCCAUGCAAGGGGUUUCCUUAGUCACUUCACAGGGGUAUUACAGUAGAGGACUACAUGGGGAACUGAAUAUGCAGAGCAUUUCUCCCACCAUGCACUGCUGUACGUGAGGGAUACUCCCACUAGAAUAUCCUGGAUUAUCCCUCCGUACAGCAGAACCGGGUUUUAACACAAAAAUACAUAACUUUAAUAUUAUUUGUGGGAUUUCCUUAAAUGACCGUUCGGUAGAUAGCUGGGGUCUGAGCGCACACUUCAUGGAAGUACCGCUCAGAUCCCAGCAUAAAUAACCGAACGCCGUACGAAACAUACUUUUACAUCACAUUCUCCUAGAAGUACAGAAUACCUAUUGGGAACCAAACUACCGAAAGACCGGGGUUCCCGAACGGCCUGGAAGUCCAGCAGUGUUCGCGCCGUCGAGUAGCCGAUUUUAGUUCCAGGCGCUCGACGACCAAACACCGCUGGGCUAACAAAGGAUCCAAGAUGGCCGACUGCCGCGUGGUCGGUAGCCAAACGACGGCCACCUAGGAAAGCAAUUAACUACAGAUUGCAACAAUAUUGCAAUCGGUUCAUGGGAGCCACACCACCCUCUGUCUGUGGGCUCCUGCUCGGUACCUUAUUCGUUUCACGAACAGUGUCUAAAGUCACUGUUCGUGAAACUACCAUAUGAAUGCUAGCGGCUUUCGGCCGUUAGCAUACGAAUACUCUUUAUUGCAAACACACACAAAUACAUUCUUAUAUACAAUAAAAGCAGACAACCUUCUGAUGUUAUACAAUAAGUCUUAAAGUGGCUAGGUUUGCCACAGUGUGUGUAUGUAUAUGUGUGUGUGUGUGUGUGUGUGUGUGUGUAUAUAUAUCAUUUUUUUUUAUUUAUAUAUAGGUGUAUAUAUAUAGUGAUAUAUACGUAUAUACUUAUAUAUAUUAUUUCGUUCUACAUGUAUUUUGAUAUCUAUAUAUAUAUAUAUAUAUAUAUAUAUACACACACACAUACACAUAUAUAUAUAUUUUUUUUUAAAAUACGAAAUUAUGCAUGUAUAUUUUUAUCUAUUAAUUUUUUCUAAUUUUUUUAAUUUUAUUUUUUAACGUAUUUAUAUAUUAUAUAUAUAAUGAAAAUAUAUAUCAUUUUAUAUAUAUUGAAUCAAUAUCAUUGUAUGUGUAUUUUGAUAUUAAUAUAUAAUUAUGUAUAUAUUCAUAUUAAAAUACACGUAGACAGUGUGUGUGUGUGUGUGUGUGUAUAUAUUAUAUAUAUAUACUUAGAUCAUGUUUAUAAAAUAUAUAUAUAUAUAUAUAUAUAUAUAUAUAUAUAUAAUCCAAGUAAAUAUUAUUUAAUUUUACACUGUUUUAACAUCUUUUAAUUUUAUUUUCAGACAGCAGGGGGAGUACCUCUCAUUACAGGCACUCCCCCUGCUGGCAAUGCCUUGGACGGCUAUGCCAUCCAUGUGAUCGCGGGGUCCUCGCAAGGACCUCACGAUCACAUGGCCCAGGGGGGCCAAAGAGGAUGGAGGGGGACUCCCUGGGCUCCCAGGUAAGUCCCCAUACCGUGAUCGCCGGCGACCGGGUAAGUACAAAAGAUCGCAGGGCGUUCAUUGCUGCCCUGCGGCGUUUAGAGCCAUCUAAAUAAGGACGGCAUAGAACGCCCUGCGGUCUUAAGGGGUUAGAAAUCAAUGCCAAAAUUUCCCAAUUUCUGCCAGGGUAUGCAAACGUUUGAGCACAACUGUAUAUAUUGCACCGGAAUGAAGGUGGCAAAGCCCAGUUAGAAGUAUAAUAUGCAGUGGGUAGCUGACAGCCUCUAUGUAUCUAUUAGUAUCUAUUAAGAUACUAACCAAGUUGAUAGUUUAAACUUCUAAUGAAAUGUAAAGGAAAAAAUAAACAUUCUAUUUUCAAAUGUGCAUCGCUCUUUUUUCAAUUUUUAGUAAUUACGGUUUGGUCUGUUUUAAUUUUAGAGUUGGUUCACUAAUUAUAGGUGUUUUGCUGGGGAAUUCUAAUACUCUCAGGAAAAGAAAACUAUAAACGGCAUGUGUAAUGAAUCAUUUCUUUAUAUAAGAUAUGGUCUAAGAUUUACCAUAGGAUUUGCCAGAUGGACAGAAUCUCUCUAAUGGAGCAAUGUCUGUCCCAAUCUAUUUCUCAUGCAUUCGCCGUGAUUUUCUGUCUGAUCGUACUGUGGGUAACAGCCGGAACACCUGAAAUUCAGAACUCCCAUUCUAUAUGUAGUCUCUCAAUGCAAAAAUGUCUAUUUGAAUAUGAAUAUUAUCAAGAAGGAGACAUAAUGAUAGGAGGGCUGUUUACAGUGAAUACGUUGAUGACAGGCUUUUUAUAUGACGGCACAUGGACCUACCAAUUAAAGAUUUGUGCAUUGUAAGUAUUAAUCCAUGGACAGUUUGUGUUUUAUUUAACAUUCUGAAAUUUGUUAUAGAAACAUUUUAUUGUGUUGAUUUUCUUCCUUAAUACAUUAAAGUGUUCUUAAACUAGCACCUUUAGUAAAAUAUUAAUACACAUAUAUAACCUUAAAAUGACAAUAUUUAGACCUAAUGAAUAUCCUGUCACAGGUAAUUGGUAAAGUGUGAGUUUUGUUGAUGAUGGUAUAACGUUCCAUGCAUUUUAACAGAGAGAGCCCUGAACACAGAUACACAGAGAGCCUGCAGAGCUGUCACUAAUCAUAGCACCAAGAAGGACAGAGUCUCAGGGUUUAAUACAGAGAGAGCCCUGAACACAGAUACACAGAGAGCCUGCAGAGCUGCCGCUAAUCACAGCACUGAGAAGGACAGAGUCUCAGGGUUUAUACUGAGAGAGCCCUGAACACAGAUAUACAGAGAGCCUGCAGAGCUGCCCCUAAUCACCGCACUGAGAAGGACAGAGUCUCAGGGUUUAAUACACAGAGAGAGCCCUGAACACAGAUACACAGAGAGCCUGCAGAGCUGUCACUAAUCACAGCACUGAGAAGGACAGAGUCUCAGGGUUUAAUACAGAGAGAGCCCUGAACACAGAUACACAGAGAGCCUGCAGAGCUGCCGCUAAUCACAGCACUGAGACGGACAGAGUCUCAGGGUUUAAUACAUAGAGAGCCCUGAACACAGAUACACAGAGAGCCUGCAGAGCUGUCACUAAUCACAGCACUGAGAAGGACAGAGUCUCAGGGUUUAAUACAGAGAGAGCCCUGAACAGAGAUACACAGAGAGCCUGCAGAGCUGCCACUAAUCACAGCACUGAGAAGGACAGAGUCUCAGGGUUUAAUACAGAGAGAGCCCUGAACAGAGAUACACAGAGAGCCUGCAGAGCUGUCACUAAUCACAGCACUGAGAAGGACAGAGUCUCAGGGUAUAAUACAGAGAGAGCCCUGAACACAGAUACACAGAGAGCCUGCAGAGCUGCCGCUAAUCACAGCACUGAGAAGGACAGAGUCUCAGGGUUUAAUACAGAGAGAGCCCUGAACACAGAUACACAGAGAGCCUGCAGAGCUGCCGCUAAUCACAGCACUGAGAAGGACAGAGUCUCAGGGUUUAUACUGAGAGAGCCCUGAACACAGAUAUACAGAGAGCCUGCAGAGCUGCCCCUAAUCACCGCACUGAGAAGGACAGAGUCUCAGGGUUUAAUACACAGAGAGAGCCCUGAACACAGAUACACAGAGAGCCUGCAGAGCUGUCACUAAUCACAGCACUGAGAAGGACAGAGUCUCAGGGUUUAAUACAGAGAGAGCCCUGAACACAGAUACACAGAGAGCCUGCAGAGCUGCUACUAAUCACAGCACUGAGAAGGACAGAGUCUCAGGGUUUAAUACAGAGAGAGCCCUGAACACAGAUACACAGAGAGCCUGCAGAGCUGCCGCUAAUCACAGCACUGAGAAGGACAGAGUCUCAGGGUUUAAUACAGAGAGAGCCCUGAACACAGAUACACAGAGAGCUUGCAGAGCUAAUCACAGCACUGAGAAGGCAGAGCUGCUGCCCUAGAUACACAGAGAGCCAGAGCUGCACUGCAGAAGGACAGAGUCUCAGGGUUUAAUACAGAGAGAGCCCUGAACACAGAUACACAGAGAGCCUGAAGAGCUGCCACUAAUCACAGCACUGAGAAGGACAGAGUCUCAGGUUUAAUACAGAGAGAGCCCUGAACACAGAUACACAGAGAGCCUGCAGAGCUGCCGCUAAUCACAGCACUGAGAAGGACAGAGUCUCAGGGUUUAAUACAGAGAGAGCCCUGAACACAGAUACACAGAGAGCCUGCAGAGCUGCCACUAAUCACAGCACUGAGAAGGACAGAGUCUCAGGGUUUAAUACAGAGAGAGCCCUGAACACAGAUACACAGAGAGCCUGCAGAGCUGCCGCUAAUCACAGCACUGAGAAGGACAGAGUCUCAGGGUUUAAUACAGAGAGAGCCCUGAACACAGAUACACAGAGAGCCUGCAGAGCUGCUACUAAUCACAGCACUGAGAAGGACAGAGUCUCAGGGUUUAAUACAGAGAGAGCCCUGAACACAGAUACACAGAGAGCCUGCAGAGCUGCCGCUAAUCACAGCACUGAGAAGGACAGAGUCUCAGGGUUUAAUACAGAGAGAGCCCUGAACACAGAUACACAGAGAGCCUGCAGAGCUGCCCCUAAUCACAGCACUGAGAGGGACAGAGUCUCGGGGUUUAAUACAGAGAGAGCCCUGAACACAGAUACACAGAGAGCCUGCAGAGCUGCCGCUAAACACAGCACUGAGAAGGACAGAGUCUCAGGGUUUAAUACAUUGAGAGCCCUGAACACAGAUACACAGAGAGCCUGCAGAGCUGCCACUAAUCACAGCACUGAGAGGGACAGAGUCUCAGGGUUUAAUACAGAGAGAGCCCUGAACACAGAUACACAGAGAGCCUGAAGAGCUGCCACUAAUCACAGCACUGAGAAGGACAGAGUCUCAGGGUUUAAUACAGAGAGAGCCCUGAACACAGAUACACAGAGAGCCUGCAGAGCUGCCGCUAAUCACAGCACUGAGACGGACAGAGUCUCAGAGUUUAAUACAGCCCUGAACACAGAUACACAGAGAGCCUGCAGGACAGUCUCAGGGUUUAAUACAGAGAGCCCUGAACACAGAUACACAGAGAGCCUGCAGAGCUGCCGCUAAUCACAGCACUGAGAAGGACAGAGUCUCAGGGUUUAAUACAGAGAGAGCCCUGAACACAGAUACACAGAGAGCCUGCAGAGCUGCCGCUAAUCACAGCACUGAGAAGGACAGAGUCUCAGGGUUUAAUACAGAGAGAGCCCUGAACACAGAUACACAGAGAGCCUGCAGAGCUGCCGCUAAUCACAGCACUGAGAAGGACAGAGUCUCAGGGUUUAAUGCAGAGAGAGCCCUGAACACAGAUACACAGAGAGCUUGCAGAGCCUGCCGCUAAUCACAGCACUGAGAAGGACAGAGUCUCAGGGUUUAAUACAGAGAGAGCCCUGAACACAGAUACAGAGAGCUUGCAGAGCCUGCCGCUAAUCACAGCACUGAGAAGGACAGAGUCUCAGGGUUUAAUACAGAGAGAGCCUGCAGAGCUGCCGCUAAUCACAGCACUGAGAAGGACAGAGUCUCAGGGUUUAAUACAGAGAGAGAGCCCUGAACACAGAUACACAGAGAGCCUGCAGAGCUGCCGCUAAUCACAGCACGGAGAAGGACAGAGUCUCAGGGUUUAAUACAGAGAGAGCCCUGAACACAGAUACACAGAGAGCCUGCAGAGCUGCCCCUAAUCACCGCACUGAGAAGGACAGAGUCUCAGGGUUUAAUACAGAGAGAGAGCCCUGAACACAGAUACACAGAGAGCCUGCAGAGCUGCCGCUAAUCACAGCACUGAGAAGGACAGAGUCUCAGGGUUUAAUACAGAGAGAGCCCUGAACACAGAUACACAGAGAGCCUGCAGAGCUGCUGCUAAUCACAGCACUGAGAAGGACAGAGUCUCAGGGUUUAAUACAGAGAGAGAGCCCUGGACACAGAUACACAGAGAGCCUGCAGAGCUGCCACUAAUCACAGCACUGAGAAGGACAGAGUCUCAGGGUUUAAUACAGAGAGAGAGCCCUGAACACAGAUACACAGAGAUACUACAGAGCUGCCGCUAAUCACAGCACGGAGAAGGACAGAGUCUCAGGGUUUAAUACAGAGAGAGCCCUGAACACAGAUACACAGAGAGCCUGCAGAGCUGCCCCUAAUCACAGCACUGAGAAGGACAGAGUCUCAGGGUUUAAUACAGAGAGAGCCCUGAACACAGAUAUAAAGAGAGCCUGCAGAGCUGCCACUAAUCACAGCACCAAGAAGGACAGAGUCUCAGGGUUUAAUACAGAGAGAGAGCCCUGAACACAGAUACACAGAGAGCCUGCAGAGCUGCCCCUAAUCACAGCACGGAGAAGGACAGAGUCUCAGGGUUUAAUACAGAGAGAGCCCUGAACACAGAUACACAGAGAGCCUGCAGAGCUGCCCCUAAUCACAGCACUGAGAAGGACAGAGUCUCAGGGUUUAAUACUGAGAGAGCCCUGAACACAGAUACACAGAGAACCUGCAGAGCUGCCGCUAAUCACAGCACUGAGAAAGACAGAGUCUCAGGGUUUAAUACAGAGAGAGCCCUGAACACAGAUACACAGAGAGCCUGCAGAGCUGUCGCUAAUCACAGCACUGAGAAGGACAGAGUCUCAGGGUUUAAUACAGAGAGAGCCCUGAACACAGAUACACAGAGAGCCUGCAGGGCUGCCGCUAAUCACAGCACUGAGAAGGACAGAGUCUCAGGGUUUAAUACAGAGAGAGAGCCCUGAACACAGAUACACAGAGAGCCUGCAGAGCUGUCACUAAUCACAGCACUGAGAAGGACAGAGUCUAAGGGUUUAAUACAGAGAGAGCCCUGAACACAGAUACACAGAGAGCCUGCAGAGCUGCCGCUGGGGUUUGAGGACCCAUGCUCUAAAUUCUUUAAUCCAUUGUAGAAUUUUGUCCUCGUUAUUCUAACUCUAUUACUGUUCACUAUGAAACCAUUUAUUAGCAAACCUGUUAUUAGCUCAAUAUAUUCCUAUGAUUACGUACCCUCUCACCAGUGAUUCCACAUAUCUCUAUCCCUCCCUCCUGCUUUGAAGAUUAUGUAAUGCACUGCUUUUUUCUAAUGAUAGCACAGAGAAAAAAAAUAAUCAGAAACAACAUAGCAUUGCCCUGUAGACCUGAUGCGGUAUAUACUUGGUUCACACCAACCCACCCCGGGGAUUUGUUUUGUUUUAUAGAGUUAAUAGCAUCAUGUGCACCAAUAGCGAUCAAUUUACCAACACCUACUACUUAAUCCAAUGAUCUAUUCACCUCACUAAUUGACUCAAUCAUGUGAGCAGACUCCCCAACCUUUCCAGAUGGCUUCCAGGUUGUCUCACAGCUUAAUGUACUAAUAAAAGAUAAAGGAGAGAUUGCAGAUAACUAAAUUAGUUUCAUCAUAUGUCACUUCCCUUCAGCCUACUAUGCCUCGUGCAGCAAUCCCCAUCCCUAAAACAAGGCACAUUAUCAACGCUAGACUUCAUUCCAAACUGCAAUAUGUCUGAAUUUAUGCUGAUGGGUGAUUCUGCCCUUGCCACCAAAAAACGAGUUAAUUGAUGGGGGGAAAAAAAAGUUGAUUUUAUUCACAGAUUAAGGAGAAGUGAACAAUUGUAAAAAAAAUAAAAUAAAAAAAAUCUCUUUUUAUAUAUUAUAUAUUUAAUAUACAAAUAUUAUUGAAUAUAAUACAGUGUUUAUAGUCUAAUAAACACCAUGCAAAUGUAAAUAAUCUCUUCUACCCUCCAGCUACCAGGUCAAUCUGACUGCUCUGUACUACUUACCUUCUACUAUCAAGCUCCCCUUCUAAUUUUGGAUGGCUAGAUUAUUGUGCAAUAAGACAACCUUUCCCCUAGAUUUUUUUCUUAAAGGACCACUCUAGGCACCCAGACCACUUCAGCUUAAAGGACCACUACAGUACCAGGAAAACAUACUCGUUUUCCUGGCACUAUAGUGCCCUGUGCCCCCACCCUCGGGGUCCCCCUCCCGCCCGGCUCUGGAAGGGGGAAAGGGGUAAACUUACCUUUUCCAGCGCUGGGUGGAGAGCUCUCCUCCUCCGAUCCUCCUUCUCUCCUCCCCGUCGGCUGGCUGCGCGCGCAUUCAGCCGGUCACAUAGGAAAGCAUUCAUAAUGCUUUCCUAUGGACGCUGGCGUGCUCUCACUGUGAUUUUCAGUGCCUCUAGCGGCUGUCAAUGAGACAGCCGCUAGAGGAAAUAGGGGAAGGCUUAACCCAUUCAUAAACAUAGCAGUUUCUCUGAAACUGCUAUGUUUAUGAAAAAUGGGUUAACCCUAGCUGGACCUGGCACCCAGACCACUUCAUUAAGCUGAAGUGGUCUGGGUGCCUAGAGUGGUCCUUUAAUGAAGUGGUCUGGGUGCCAGGUUCCUCUAGGGUUAACCCAUUUUUUUUAUAAACAUAGCAGUUUCAGAGAAACUGCUAUGUUUACAAAUGGGUUCAUCCUUCCUCCAAUUCCUCUAGCGGCUGUCUCGUUGACAGCCGCUAGAGGCGCUUGCAUGAUUCUAACUGUGAAAAUCACAGUGAGAGCAUGCAAGCGUCCAUAGGAAAGCAUUGUAAAUGCUUUUCUAUGAGACCGGCUGAAUGCGCGUGCAGCUCUUGCCACGCGUGCCCAUUCAGCUGAAUGGGAGGAACGGAGGAGGAUAGGAGGAGGCACUAUAGUGGUCCUUUAAACCAUCAGCUCACAUUUCUGGUUAUAACUGAAACAUGGUCCUUCAAACAAAUACUGCCACUCAACGCGCUCUUACAACUUAAGUUUUUAUUCAUUUCACUUGAAGCACUUAGGCAAAGGAGUGCACAUCGCUAAUAUAAUAUUUGCACAUUGACACUUUAUAUAUGUGUAUGCACUUAAAAUAAUUAUUUGCACUGUUUUAUAAAAUGUGUUAAGUAUUAAAGACACAGCGCACUUUAUUUGUUGUUUUAUAUUUGAAUGAGUGUAUUUAUGGGCUAUUGCACUUAAGGUAUUGCUUUUUUUGUACAAUAGUUUUACAUCUCUUUAAUACUUUUAGAAUAAUAUUGUAGCGCCACUUUACUUGAUCUUUUUUUGUGCAGAUAAGUUAAUAAGACUGAGUUGGAACAGGGAAUUGUUUCUUGGCAUUUCAGUUCCCCUUCUUUACUUCUUGGGGGACACACUCUAUUGGUAUAGUCACUGGUAAAUCUUCACAUAAACACAGAUUGAUCAUUGACCACAUCAGUACCACAUUCCUUCAUGGUUCCUAGUCUUAACUCCCUCAUACCCUCAGAAGGUUCUCCUUGCAAUGCUACACCAUUGACAAGGUCAUCUGCGCCAUUCUUGAAGCUGGGGUGGGUGCAUGGCUCAAUAAAUCUGAUUUUGUCAUAUGCGUUUAAACUAUUUCCUAUUUUUUACAAUUUAUUUACUAUUUGCACAACAUCCAGUGGCAGGGUUUAUAUUAUUUUCUCCCGGCGUACGUUCAGUUCCAAGGUAGCUCCAAGAUAUUCAAUAUUUUGCGAAAACGUUGUGCUCGUUGCUACUUGAUGUGUGCAGAUGCCCGACUGUUAUACACUAUUUUGAUGAUUUCCACACAAUUGAAGACAUCUUCCAAACCACUUGCAGUCUGACAGCAGCAAUCUGUCUUUUUGAAUCCAUGGGUAUACCGGUCUCCCCUGUGACAGAUUCCUUGUCCCUGGAUUUAAAAAGCUUUCUGUUCCAUUUGCCUGUCUGUUCGGUAGCUUGAUGUAAAUUUUGUGGGGUUUUAUGUGUUUUUUGGGUACUUUUGGGUUUUUUGGAAAAAAGUGUUUUUUUUUUUUCUAAUUGGAGGUAAUUAUGUGUUUGUUUCUUCUGUGGUUUACUCUCAGGUCCAGGGGGGAGUGACCCUUGCAUGGAGACUUGCAUAUAAGGCCAAGUGUGGUCCCAUUUUAGUCAGUUCACUUCUCCCUCCAAACACUGACUUGUCUCGUAACUUCAAGUGUAUAUAUUAUCAAUUUAUUGAUUUAGGAGUAUAUUUUUUGUAAUCAAUGAAUUAUGUCUAUAUAAUAUCACAAUGAAUUAUUAAAUGAAGUAAUGAACUUUAUCUAAAGUUUUUUUUGAGUGCAGUAUCAUUUUUUGGUAUUUUGUAUUUUUUGAGGUAAAUGGGCCACAUUGAUACUUUGCACCAAUACGGAUGAAAGAGUGCCUGUACAUAGAAUCUUUCUUGUCUCGUAAUUGUAUGGAACAGCUAUACCAGCUUUGGAUUGCUAUACUGAUAUACAGCAGGUAUAGCUGUGUAGGAGCUACACCGCUAUACCUGCUAGACUCUCUGGAGUAGGAGAGGUCCACCCAGUGGAAGCUGGAUCCUGGGCUUGGGUCCAUUUUUAUGGGUAUUCAACUAGAUUCUGUCAACAUGCAGUCUUCUCUUCUUCAUGGUAAGAUUGAGCACAACCUCCGAAGCAUUGACCUAUACUUACAAUUAGGUUCUUGCACCCAUAAAGAACUACAGUCUAUACCUGGUUCGCUCAAUUUUGCCAUGAGGAUGAUUCCACAAGGUAGAUCAUUUAUUUCCUGACUUUAUUUCGUGACGUUCCCUUACACAAUACCCCCAUCACUUUAGACCCACAAGUGAUGGCUGACUUACUAAUGUGGCUCACUCUUCUCACGACAUGGUAGGGGAAAGCAAGUUUUAUUACCCAAUCUCUGACAAGUCCCCAACACUUCGACACUUGGACAGAUGCUGUUGCCAAUUCGUGUUUCACAACCAUUUGUGUCAAUCAAUUGUUCUGGGGUCCUGGAACUAAUGAAGUCAAGUCCAAAACAAAAACCUUAUUCAAACCUUACCCAAUAGUGGUAGCAGCAAAUAUCUGGGGUCCUGGCUGAGCAGGUCACUCAGUCAGAUGAUUCUCAGACAACCUAGCUGCUGGUUACAUGGUAAACAAAGACCAGCCUCAUUUUGGUCGUUAUGAGGAGACUCACUUGGGUAGCGUCCAAUUAUCAGUUCUCCUCACUUAUAUUCACAUCCCGGGGGUUACUAAGAUAUUGGCUAAUCACCUGUCUUGUCUCCACUUGGGGGCAUUCCGCGAUAUUCUGCCCACCGCUUCCCAUCUGACUACUUUACCCCUCCUUUCUCAAUGCUUUCCUAUGGACGUCAGCAUCUUCUCACUGUGAUUUUAACAGGCUGCCCCUAUCAGAAAAUUUGCUAGCAUUCAGACCUAGUCUGGUCAGUAAUAUGCGUACGUACUGCAUGAACUUUACUGUUGUUAAUACAGCUUUGUGGAGGACUAACAGUGGGAUGUUAGACUGAGGCGGUAAUGAUUGGAGAUAUGUAUCCAGCACUUUUACCGGGCACCAUUAGCUUGAAGUAGGAUAAUAUGUGAUAUGCACUACUUUACCAAGCUGUCUUGUUUUAGUAAUGGGUAGGGACAAGAUAUAGUGAUCUUGUUAUUUAAUGAGACAGGAACGUUUGAGGCAGUCUCGGGUGUAUUUAUUACCAUGUAUGGUAAAUUUGCAAGGUCUAAGAAAACCGUAAUAAGCCAAGUAAAUGGCCGUUUUAAUUACCAGAUUUGUAGUGUAUUCAAAAGGGGCAGUAUCCAAUAAGUCAGACAUGUCCUUAAAUAACUGUUUAUGUAUUGGUAAUGGUAUGGGUGGAGGAGUGAUAAUGGUUUUCUGUAUGCCUUUUAGUAUGUUUUUAAUGGGUUAAGAUGAUAAAAAACUAGGAUUAUCUAGGUAUCAGGUAUACAUGUGGUGUUGGAUGCCAGUUAAAUAUAAUUUAAUGGUGUUGUGUGAUAGUUUUAGUUUGAGAUGACAAAAGGAUGCGAAAGCUACCAGCAUUGAAAUGGUAAAAAACUGAACCAAGUUAUGUUCUAACAUAAAUCUCUUAUACAGUGUGAAGGCUCUAUUGUAAGACAGUUUUGUGUUUUCAGAGAGGGCCAAACUAGCAAAGGCGAGACUAUGCCUUGCCAAUUCUUUUAGUCCAUUACAAGUUCCUGAAAACACGGUGCUGCAGUGUCUCUUGGGGAGGCUGUGGUUAAAGUGUCUCUGAAGGCCUGGAAUUCAAAGCGAGACAAUUUGUCAGCUGCAGUAUUAUAGAUCCCUGGUACAUGACAACACACCAAAUAAAACUGAUUACAAGCAGCCAGCCAGGUCAGUCUUCUCAUGAAUCUCAUGAUCGUCAGAGAUGAGGAAUGUCCCCUGUUUAUGAUGUGGCAGGUAGCUAGGGUGUCGGAGAAACAGCGUACCGAGCUACCUGCCCAAGACUGACCCCAUACCACGGAUGCUGCAACGAUAGGGUAUACUUCGAAUAAGUCUGAGGUGUGUGAGAACCCUUCGAUGUGCUGAAUCUCCUCUGGCCAACCAUCCCAGAGCCAUUCAUUGCCAAAUAUGGCAGCAAAACCUGUUGAUGCUGCAGUAUCCAUCCAAAUGACAGAAGAAUGGAUAGACAAUUGUGGUAAAAACAUACUUCUGCCAUUCCAUUGCAACAAGAAUUUGCGCCACAUUAAUAAAUCAACAGUAGCCUGUGAAUCCAGGCAAAUACGGCUAAAGUAAUUUGGCAAUAGUGGAAGAAGUCUAGAAAUAAAGGCUCUAUCUUGCGGAAUGAUGUGUAUUGCAAAAUUUAGUGAGCCCAACAAAGAUUGCAAUUCCUUUCCUUUGCAUGUCCUAUUAUGCAGAAAGUAAUUUAUGGUUCAUAGGAGACCAUCAAGUUUGCCUGAGGGCAGGCUCGCUUCCAUGCUCACUGAAUCGAGCAGGGUACAAAAAAAAUUAACUAAUGUGUCAGGGCCUUGUGUUUUCUUGGGAGAAACUGGCACACCCAAGGAAUGAAAAAACACGAAAUGGCAGUAGUUAGAUCACUGGGAGGAGAGGAAUUAUUCUCCACAAACAGAAAGUCGUCUAAAUAAUGUAUCACCGCAUGGCAUCUGCAAUUGUUAAACAGGAGCCAACAUAAGGUUUCAGCAAAGGUAUCAAAUAUUUUCGGGCUGCUUUUUGACCCCAAAGUGAGCCUUGUAAAAAAUAAUAUAAAUUUCAGACCAUGCAGAUGCCAUAGCGACAGGCGUAUGGGUAGUAAUUUAAAUGCAUUGAUGAUUUCUAUCUUACUCAGCCAAGCCCCUACACCAGCUGUAAUAAUGGUGUGUAUGGCAUUGUCUAUGGUGGCAUAGUGAAGGGAAAAUUCUUCGGAUGGGAUUAGAGAAUUAAGGCUAGGUAUGGCCAAGGAGUGAGGUGCGGAUAGAUCUAAAAUGAGUCUGUGUUUCCCUGAGGAUUUCCCGGUGACUAAUCCUAUAGGGUUGGUUCUCCAAUUGGAAAAUGGGGGCGCCUGAAAAGGUCCCAACAAAAACCCAUCUUCCAAUUCUCUUUGUAAAAGAGCAUCAACCAUUUCCACGUCAGAAAAUGCUGAUUGCAAAUUGUUGCAUUCGUAAAUGCCAGCAGGGAUAUGUACCAGACCUGUAUGAAAUCCUUCUGUGAAACCAUCAAUCAAGAAAUCCACUAGAUGUUUGGAUGGGUAAGAAGCUAAUGCGUGAGCCAAAGAACCAAUGUUUAUGGAUGUCAAAUACUGUUUAGCAUUACUUUUUUAUUAGGACACAUGGACUUGGCAUGAACCCUAAAACAAUGCAGGCACUAUAUCCGCAUUUAUCUACAUUAAAGUUGUUGCACACCUGCGACUUCCCAAGGUAAACAAUAGGACGACCGAGUUUGUCCUUGCCUGAUCUGUCCAUCCUAGUCUGUGUCUCCUGGAAAGUCCCAGGCAUGGACUCUGGCAUGAUGGGACAAUAGUCUGAGGCAUGUGAGGUGGAUGCACAAAUUGCACAAGCUGGUGUCUUCAGACCAGCCAAGUGUCUGCAAAAUAGCUCAGUAUCCAUACGGCUCCAGUCAGUUUUAACAUUGUACUGAGCCAAAAUUGCAGACGCCCUCACCGAAAACGGACCGGUGGUAAUCAUAAAAGGAUGACCCACCAUAUUUAUUUCCUAAGUCCACCAGUUUGUGCAAAUAGAGGUCGAGUUCCUCUUGUCUAUGCGGGUAUCCUGAACAAAUUACAUCCUGGUAGAUACAAAAUACUAUGACAAAAUAGUGUAUAUACAGUUUCUUAUUAAGUCUAGGGUCCCUGGCCUUUAGCACCACUGAAAUAUCACCAUAAGCAUAAGUGCUGUUCUCGAUAACAUUGUGUGAAGCAAUAAAUAGUGCAACAAGAUUAACAUCUUUCCCCUCCAAGAUGUAUUUCUUAAUGUUUGCUGGAACCAGAUGCAACGGAUUAAUAAUGUGGGUUUCAUUACGUAAUUACCCGUUUGCAAUAGUGGAGCACCGGGGAGUACAGUAGCCGAGGGCAUAGAAGACAUAACAGGAGGACUCCGAGCCUUGAUCCUAUCAAGUCUAUCGUUGACCUUACCCAUAGAUGCUACUAGUGAAGCAACCAUGGUAUGAAGGUCUGAGUUGCCUGGACCACUUGUCCCCUCUCCAUCCCCUGAGUUAUCGGUGUUCGUCCACAUUAGCUUGAACAGCUCCGCUUUCCUGGCGGUGGCAGGAGAAGGAAUACUGCAUCUACGAAGUUCGGCAGUAAUACGAGGAAUGGUCCAUGAUCUUAUAGAAGUUGGACUACCGAUGUCGCCUUUUCAUGAAGGUGACAAGGAUCUGACCGGAGAACUGGGGAGAGACAAAUUGUCUGUAUCUUCAUGUAGAUGAGACAUACUAAAAGAAAAUAGUCAAGACAUAAUCAGCAACUGUGCCAUAUUGGUUACUGGCUGGCUAACUAAGGCCAAGUGGUGAAACAAUUUCCUAAGUGUGGUGACAGGUGAGGCCCUACUAGAUGCCAAGUGGCUUGAGAGGCUCUAUCGACUGGCGCGAGGGAAUUGCUGCUACCAAAACGUUGUGGCGGGGCCUCUCGAUGACAAAUAAAAGCAUAAAAUGGAAAGGGAGUGACAAGGGUGGCUCUCUCUAUGCAACCGUGCAAGGGGGCUAACUAUGAUUUGGCCCGAGGGACGAAUAUCCUCAAGUGUGGAGGAAAUGGGUUGGCCUCGCGGGACCACUGAGAUUAAGGCGAAGAGGCCAGAAAUUUUUAUACAGGGAGUGCAGAAUUAUUAGGCAAAUGAGUAUUUUGACCACAUCAUCCUCUUUAUGCAUGUUGUCUUACUCCAAGCUGUAUAGGCUCGAAAGCCUACUACCAAUUAAGCAUAUUAGGUGAUGUGCAUCUCUGUAAUGAGAAGGGGUGUGGUCUAAUGACAUCAACACCCCAUAUCAGGUGUGCAUAAUUAUUAGGCAACUUCCUUUCCUUUGGCAAAAUGGGUCAAAAGAAGGACUUGACAGGCUCAGAAAAGUCAAAAAUAGUGAGAUAUCUUGCAGAGGGAUGCAGCACUCUUCAAAUUGCAAAGCUUCUGAAGCGUGAUCAUCGAACAAUCAAGCGUUUCAUUCAAAAUAGUCAACAGGGUCGCAAGAAGCGUGUGGAAAAACCAAGGCGCAAAAUAACUGCCCAUGAACUGAGAAAAGUCAAGCGUGCAGCUGCCACGAUGCCACUUGCCACCAGUUUGGCCAUAUUUCAGCAGUGGUACAGGAAGAAGUCUGCAUCCUUCAAGAAAAACAUGAUUUUCAUGCAGGACAAUGCUCCAUCACACGCGUCCAAGUACUCCACAGCGUGGCUGGCAAGAAAGGGUAUAAAAGAAGAAAAUCUAAUGACAUGGCCUCCUUGUUCACCUGAUCUGAACCCCAUUGAGAACCUGUGGUCCAUCAUCAAAUGUGAGAUUUACAAGGAGGGAAAACAGUACACCUCUCUGAACAGUGUCUGGGAGGCUGUGGUUGCUGCUGCAUGCAAUGUUGAUGGUGAACAGAUCAAAACACUGACAGAAUCCAUGGAUGGCAGGCUUUUGAGUGUCCUUGCAAAGAAAGGUGGCUAUAUUGGUCACUGAUUUGUUUUUGUUUUGUUUUUGAAUGUCAGAAAUGUAUAUUUGUGAAUGUUGAGAUGUUAUAUUGGUUUCACUGGUAAUAAUAAAUAAUUGAAAUGGGUAUAUAUUUGUUUUUUGUUAAGUUGCCUAAUAAUUAUGCACAGUAAUAGUCACCUGCACACACAGAUAUCCCCCUAACAUAGCUAAAACUAAAAACAAACUAAAAACUACUUCCAAAAAUAUUCAGCUUUGAUAUUAAUGAGUUUUUUGGGUUCAUUGAGAACAUAGUUGUUGUUCAAUAAUAAAAUUAAUCCUCAAAAAUACAACUUGCCUAAUAAUUCUGCACUCCCUGUACUAGUGGCAGCUUAGACUAUGUAAGCCAGUAACACUCAAAUCACAAUCUUGAAGGGGGGAAUUAGGCAAAACUUACCUGAGGCCCCCUUGAGUGUUUGGCCAGGUCAGAAAUUGGUCACAACCCAACACAGAACCAGAGACUUCCACCACUACUAUAGUGGAAGAGAGGUCUAACCUAAUGAUAAGUGUAGGAAAUUAGCUUUUCUUGAGAUGUUUGUUUGUCACACACCAGUUUUCUUAACAACUCGAAUCAGAGUGUAUUGCAGCUAAAACAUAUAUUUAUUCAAAACAUCAUCUAGUAAUAACAUACAAACGUCUUUAAAUGUCUUUGUCCAAUACAGAGCAAUGUUCAAGAUGGUAUCCAUUUUUGAUGUUAAAGGUAUUGGUAACAAAAUCUUAGCUACAAUCAGUUUUAUAGGUUUAAAAUUCAGUUACAAAGGGGUGUAUACAUAAGGUUGCAUGUCAGAGAGCGUGAUUGCAUGUCAGGGAGUAGGGGACCCCAUCAAAUGCUUGCCCAGGGCCCAAUCAAUAUUAAAGACGGCCCUGACCUCAUCAUCUUGUUGCAUAGAAGGUGACACUUCACUCUGUUUUACAGUCAUAUCGUGGCUAUGUUAUCUUAAAUCAUUAGGUUUAACCACUCAACCUGUUUUGCUCUCACCCAGAGCUUGCCAUAAAACCAAAUUUUAUAAAUCCACAUACAACUUUUUUCCAUUAAUAACAUCCAUUUCUAUAACAAUACAGUGUGAGGAGGGGUGCACCCAUAAAUCACAAUAGAUUUUUCCUCCUUCAAACUCAAUGUCAUUAUCAAUGGAUAGAGUUGCAUGUGCAUGUGUCCCAUUGACAUUUAGAAGGGAUUUGGUGAUAUGCUGAAAUUUUUAAAGGCGAGCGUGUGUUAUUAGAGACACUGCUGCUCCUGUUUCUAAUGAAACUUUGUUAUAUUUCCCUCUAGUCUUCCAUAAAUAUAUGGUCGCCCAUCUUCACGUAGUUAUAUCACCAAGAUAGAUCUGAUAAUAACUGGGGGUUACACAUCCCUAUUUAUUGGUGGGUUUAGGCAGAUUUCACUUAGUUAUACCAGCAAGAUAGAUCUGAUAAUAGCUAUUGGUUACACAACCCUAUUUAUUGGUGGGUUUAGGCAGAUUUUACUUGUGGACUUGUGACUGCUUCCACCUUUCUUUCAAUGGCAUUUAACAUCAGUUUACACUCUUCACAUGAAUUUGAAAUGUGAGGGGGGGUUGAAGGUGUAUGUUCGGUUUCUACAGCUGCCACUCUCUGUAGAUUCUUAUGGUCUGGGAAAAUUGAAUUUUCUUUCCCUUUCACUGGGUAAGGUUUUUCUUUAUAUUUAGGACAAUAUCUCCUAUCCUCCUAAUCCAAUAUCUCCUUCUUGGUUAUAAUUAUAACAUACCAUAGAAUUACCCUAAUAAAAGCCUUUAAUAUCUAUCUUGGGGUGUGGCCGAAUAGGUUUUAGCACCCCGGUAAUUUUGUUAAUUUUGUGAUCUUUCCAUAAACCUCCCUCUAAAAUUACCAUUUCAAUUAAUACCCUUAUAUCUCCUUUUGUCUUCUUCACUAGACACAUUUUUAAUAGGGGCCAGUCCUGCUGAAGAAUCUCAAGACAAAAGUGUGUCUGUGCAACAUUUUAGUUGUUACUGUGUUUUUCCUUUUUAACAAUUGCAAUGAUUUCAUAAUUUCCAUAGCAGUAAAAUCUACUGUUGGUGCAUCAAAAUCUCUUCAUUUAUCUCAUUUGGUAACCUGAUAUUCCAGAGACAAAUUCACUAACACUCUGCCUAUGUUAUUCUUCAGAUAUAGCAAACGGUUCUGUGUCUGUAAUCAAAUUCCAGGCCUUAUUCCAUAAAUUUGCACAACAUGUAUAUCGUCAUUUUUCUCCAUUGUAAAUACAGGGAGUGCAGAAUUAUUAGGCAAAUGAGUAUUUUGACCACAUCAUCCUCUUUAUGCAUGUUGUCUUACUCCAAGCUGUAUAGGCUCGAAAGCCUACUACCAAUUAAGCAUAUUAGGUGAUGUGCAUCUCUGUAAUGAGAAGGGGUGUGGUCUAAUGACAUCAACACCCUAUAUCAGGUGUGCAUAAUUAUUAGGCAACUUCCUUUCCUUUGGCAAAAUGGGUCAAAAGAAGGACUUGACAGGCUCAGAAAAGUCAAAAAUAGUGAGAUAUCUUGCAGAGGGAUGCAGCACUCUUAAAAUUGCAAAGCUUCUGAAGCGUGAUCAUCGAACAAUCAAGCGUUUCAUUCAAAAUAGUCAACAGGGUCGCAAGAAGCGUGUGGAAAAACCAAGGCGCAAAAUAACUGCCCAUGAACUGAGAAAAGUCAAGCGUGCAGCUGCCACGAUGCCACUUGCCACCAGUUUGGCCAUAUUUCAGAGCUGCAACAUCACUGGAGUGCCCAAAGCACAAGGUGUGCAAUACUCAGAGACAUGGCCAAGGUAAGAAAGGCUGAAAGACGACCACCACUGAACAAGACACACAAGCUGAAACGUCAAGACUGGGCCAAGAAAUAUCUCAAGACUGAUUUUUCUAAGGUUUUAUGGACUGAUGAAAUGAGAGUGAGUCUUGAUGGGCCAGAUGGAUGGGCCCGUGGCUGGAUUGGUAAAGGGCAGAGAGCUCCAGUCCGACUCAGACGCCAGCAAGGUGGAGGUGGAGUACUGGUUUGGGCUGGUAUCAUCAAAGAUGAGCUUGUGGGGCCUUUUCGGGUUGAGGAUGGAGUCAAGCUCAACUCCCAGUCCUACUGCCAGUUCCUGGAAGACACCUUCUUCAAGCAGUGGUACAGGAAGAAGUCUGCAUCCUUCAAGAAAAACAUGAUUUUCAUGCAGGACAAUGCUCCAUCACACGCGUCCAAGUACUCCACAGCGUGGCUGGCAAGAAAGGGUAUAAAAGAAGGAAAUCUAAUGACAUGGCCUCCUUGUUCACCUGAUCUGAACCCCAUUGAGAACCUGUGGUCCAUCAUCAAAUGUGAGAUUUACAAGGAGGGAAAACAGUACACCUCUCUGAACAGUGUCUGGGAGGCUGUGGUUGCUGCUGCACGCAAUGUUGAUGGUGAACAGAUCAAAACACUGACAGAAUCCAUGGAUGGCAGGCUUUUGAGUGUCCUUGCAAAGAAAGGUGGCUAUAUUGGUCACUGAUUUGUUUUUGUUUUGUUUUUGAAUGUCAGAAAUGUAUAUUUGUGAAUGUUGAGAUGUUAUAUUGGUUUCACUGGUAAUAAUAAAUAAUUGAAAUGGGUAUAUAUUUGUUUUUUGUUAAGUUGCCUAAUAAUUAUGCACAGUAAUAGUCACCUGCACACACAGAUAUCCCCCUAACAUAGCUAUAACUAAAAACAAACUAAAAACUACUUCCAAAAAUAUUCAGCUUUGAUAUUAAUGAGUUUUUUGGGUUCAUUGAGAACAUGGUUGUUGUUCAAUAAUAAAAUUAAUCCUCAAAAAUACAACUUGCCUAAUAAUUCUGCACUCCCUGUAAAUCAAGAGUAAAAAAUUAAAACUAUUCACACCAAUUGCACGCUGUACAACCAUUAGCAAUCUCUGUGUAUUAUUUGGAAACUAUUCCUCCAACUCAACUUUGGGCUUUUCACUCGCCUUAUCCUCCUACACAUCAAUCAUUUUUAACCCUUUCACUUAAUGAGGCUGGCAGCCAGAUCAAACGGCAUCAAAUUUUCUCUUAGUCAUUUCACCUUCAAAAACACUCAUAUUGUAAAAAUGUCCUCUCUGCUCAUCAUAUUUAGACACAUUUUUAAUCAAUUUGGCUAAUUUGAGAGUAUCCAUCUGACCCCUUCUUUGCAUAAUUUCCCAAUUUCUUUUCUCUGUCUUUUCUUCUCUGCUGCCAUUUUUCUUACAAUAAUGGUGUGGGUAAAUAGUAGAAGUCAUGGGGACCAUGGACAUAAUGUUGAAUUUAAAAAACAAGCGUUAUAUAGCUUGUUUCAGCUGUUUAAGGCCAAAGCAUAUGACCUAGGUCACGUGCGCGGCUGUGCUUACCGGCCGCAAGGUCUGAUUGGAAGUGUAGUUUAAAAGGUGGUGAUCUCCGUUUUCGGCGAAUACAAAACAUUUUCAGCCGAAUUUAAAUGGAAGUGGGAGUGGGAAACAAGUAUUUAAACAUGGUUAUUAAAAAAAUAGAAAAUAAAAUGGAGGAAACAUUUAGGCAUAAAAUAAAGCACUAUAAUAAAAGUAUGGCGGCCAUCUUAGUAGAGGAAAGUGAAUGUGAUUAACAGGGAAAGUGGGGCACGGUGGCCAUAUUUUGAGGGGAGCAUUUUGAUAGUUAUAUUUAAAGGGGAACACCCUAAUAGUAUUGAUUGUACAAAAUAAUUUAAGUGCUGAAUAAAGACCAUAAUAGAUUAAAAUAAGUACUGAAUGAUAAAAGACAGAUUAGAAUAAAUUAAAUAGAGACAUAAAAAUGAAGGAGAGGGAGUAAGAGUCUGCAUAGCAUUAAAAGCAGUAAUUUUAAAACUUGACAGUACAGGAGUUGACAGAAAUAGCUUAAAUAAAACAAUAGGUAGUGAAAGGUGAAUUAUACAUUGUACACAAUGGGCAUAAUAAGGGGCUACUGCUGAACAUAAUGCCGGAGUUUGAAACAACUAUGUUUAGGGUAGUCUCUAAUCUGUCCUUAUAGAUAAUGUCAAUUGUGUAAGGGUUGGUGGUAUAAAGUCACCAUAUAGGAUGAUAUUAUUGAUAUUAUUAAUUGGGGUCCAAAUGAAUAAUUGAAAUAUUAAAAAGCAAUAAUGUCUGUUUAGAUAGUAGUAAGAAUGCAAUGAAUGUGUAUGAGAGUAAAAAAUAGUAAUUAAAAAAGAGAAAUAAAAAAUAAUUAGACAGUUAAAAAAUUAAAUCAAAUUAUGUAAGUCAAAAUCUACAUUUAAACCAUUUAGAGCAAGUGUCUGUAAGUUAAAAACCCAUUUCAUUUCUGAUUUUCCGAGGAUAUUUUUUAUAUUUCCUCCUCGCCAUGGAACAUUACAUUUCUUGAUACCUGUGCAUUUCAGUAAUUUUGGGUCCUUAUUAUGUAUUAUAAAAUGUUUAGACACUGGGUGGUUAGGGUAGACUUUAGUGAUAUUCCUACAGUGUUCGCUUAAUCUAACUUUAAGGCUCCUUGUGGUCAUCCCUACAUAUUGGAGGCCACAUGGGCACUCCAGCAGAUAAAUAACAAUUAGUGUUACAACUGAUAAAAUCCUUGAUAUUAUAGGUUUUUUUUGUUCUGUUCACAUUUAAAAUGUGUGGUUUUGGAUGGUACAGAUUUAUCUGUGCUUUAACAUACUACACAUCGUUGGCUCUUAAAAAAACCUUUAAUGUCAGAAAAGAGAAAUUGUGUUUUGUUUGUUUGGUUUAAGUUCUCUUGUAAAAUUUGUAGUCAGGAUGGAUUUGAAAUUCGGGGCUCCUCUAAAAAUGAUAUUUGUUUUUUUGGGUAAAAUUUUCUUUAGUGUUUCAUGCUGUUUCAAUAAAUGCCAGUGUUUUUUUCACAAUUCUUUUAAUAGGGACACUUUUAUCAUUGAAAUUAAAAAUCAUGGGAAUAGAUGGAGGGUCUAUAGUGUUUUUAUCUUUAUAUAUUAGCAGGUUGUCUCUCUCUCGAUCUUUGCCUUUAUUGAUAGUGUUAUUUAAACUGCUGGGUGAAUAUUUUUUUUCAAUAUAUAUUUUUUUUUUUAAAUUGUCCUGGUCAUUAACAUUGUCUAUUAGGGUGCAAUUUCGACGAAGACGUAGGAAUUGGCUCUUGGGGGCACUUUCAAGCCAGGGUUUGUAGUGACAGCUUGAUCGGUCCAUGGCUGUAUUAGUGCAGACUUUUUUAAAAAAUGUUUUAGUAUUAAGCUUAUUGUCUUUAAUAAAAAUUUGUAAAUCUAAAAAAUUCAUGGAUUCCCUACUGUACUCACAUGUUAAAAUGAUUCCUCUGUUAUUUGUGUUGAGGUGAGUAAUAAAAGAAUUCAGGGAGUUCUCCGAACCUUCCCAGAUAAAAAAACAGGUUUUAACAUGUGACGUGGGCUUACUCUUUUGACUGGACCAAUUUGAAAUCUGAAAUCUGAAAUAGACAUCACUAUCUUGGCACCAAAAGAUAGACACGUGUUAACCAGCGAUUGGUUCAACACAUCAUUUUCAGCAAGGCAUUCAUCUACAUAAGAGCCCUCUCGGUCAUUACAGCUUUUACCCCUGACGAAGGUGCAAAUCCAAGGCACCGAACCGAGCGUCGGGCUUUUCUAUGUUUGCACAGGGCACUCUAUCACAAACAUGCAGGCAACCAGCACUCUAUGCAUGGUUCUGCACUUAAUUCUAUUCUCUCCUUUUUUUCAUUCCUCCUAGCCAGUCUACACUUUUACUUAAGUGGAGGAGCACUCACAGCCUUGUGAGUAUGUCUAAUGAGAUGGGGAUACCUAGACUAUUGAUUCAAGCAUCUGAGAUUAACUGAUAUCUACUUUAUAUACUUCUACACAGGCUGAAUCGUAGUUUGUCCUGGCAAGGCUAGUUCUCAUCUAUCACAUUUGAGACUGUAGAUACUUGUAACUUUGUCUGACAGACUUAAUAACAUUGUCUAGAUCCAUUCUCACUGUGUGAUUUUUUUACAUUAAUUAUCCACACAAUGAUUUCUUCUCCACUUACCACUAUUUUUAAAGACUUUUUACCUGGACUAAAGAGAUAGCUAUAGUGAAAUACAACGUGAUUUGGAAAAAGCUAUCUAUUUAGAGAAGUCUAUGCAGAUUAGUGUUGUCUGGACACUUUUCUCUGCUCACGCAUAAAAUACGAUUCCACUUCAGACAUUGACCACCAUAUUAUUAAAGUCAAGAGUCUGAACACCAGGAAAUCUCUUAAGCAGAGCAUGUGGAGGAUUAGCCACUUGGCUUUAGUUAUGUUUUUUUCUGUCUUUGACCACCACUUUUUGGUUAUAAUAUGGAGUUGGUUUGAUAAGCAUUUAUUUAUUUACUAUUUUUUUUUCAUGUAAACUAAGAUUUCCAGCUGACAUUCUCCUGCAGAAUUUUCAUUCCAGCAUGAAGAGUGUUAUUUGUAUUUGUUCUGAAAACUAUUAGCCUUAGUACAUUACCGAAGUGAGUAAAAUAAAAUAUAUGACCAGAAUAACCAUCUUAACCAAAGUUUAUAUAAUUGAUAAUAUACGUGAGUAUGACCAUGGUUCAAUAACCUGCUCAAAUGGUUUUUUGCCUGUACUGACGCGUGGUGUUCCUGGUGAUUAACCAUACGAAGAAUAAGAGGUCAUAUGUUGUAGAAGGUAAGAGCUUCAAUAAUUUAACAUUCUUUAAAUUUGGAAGCAGCUCCAUAUCUCUAUAUGGAUAACCAUGUGUACACAUAAUUUUCUGUAACUGCCUCCCCUUAGCUAAUCAACACGAAAUUUAUAUAUAUAUAUUAUUUUACCAACAGCAAUAAACAUAAAAUAUAUAUAGAACGAAAGAAAGGGAAGGAGGAAAACCUGUCUGUUAGAAUAGUUUUAAAAACCGGCAUUUUCCUAAUCUGUCUCCCAGUGUAAAAUCCUCCAUAAGUGAGGUGACUUAAAAGCUGAGCCAUCCCUGUGUAAAGUAUAUGCAAUAGGGCAGACUUCCCAGUAAUGCCUGAGUACGUAAUAGCUUUGCCACAUGGGAGUUAGUUUAACAGUACAGUACUGUAUUGGUCCCAGUGCUGUAACCCAGUAGUAUACAGUAUGCCCAGCAAUGCGAGCGUUAACCGUCAUAUGUAACAUGUACUUGUACUGACAGGAGCUUCUCCAACGUGGGAGAAGUAAACAAACAGUCAUCAAAUGAGGAGGUGGUCUGCGUCCGUGUGUGAAUACCGCCCCCCACAGAGCGGACCACGAGCAUGUGGAAGAGGGAUGAAGGGACCGGAAACUUACGGUUUACCGAGCACCCAAGUGGUUUAGCAAAAGAGCAUCUGGUUGCCAACCGUGGAACACACAGACCAAGCAACAGGAUCGUGACCCGGAAGUAGUGAACUGGAUGUAAUCGCCUGCAGAACGUCUGAAUCCACGGUGAUGCAGGUAGAGGGGGGAUUGCUUAAUUAGGAGCAACAAGCCCCUCCCACAACAAGCCUUUACAUGUGUGUGUGUGUGUGUAUAUAUAUAUAUAUAGACUUUUGUAAUAUAAAAUAUUGGUCCUUUUAGAGUAAAAGAUUUAAUUAUACAGUAAGCAUACUCGCAUGCAGACACCAAAGGCAUGCACAGCCUAUUGCAUAAGGAUGUGCACCCUAAAGCACAAACACACACACCGCGUGUAUAUGUACAUAUAUAUAUAUAUAUACAUACAAACAUACAUACACUGCUGUGUGUGAGGGUGACGUGUGUGUGAGGGUGCUGUUAAGGUGCUGUGUGUGUGUGUCAGGGUGAUGGUAGUGUGCUGUGUUUGAGGGUGCUAGUAGUGUGCUGUGUGUUGUGUUAGGGUUCUCUGUGUGUAAGGGUGUUGUGUGCUGGUAGUGUGCUGUGUGUGAGGGUGCUGUGAGUGUGUAUGUAAGGGUGCUGAGUGUGUGGGUGCUAUGUGUGUGCUGUGUGUAAAUUUGUUUGGAGGGAUUGUGUGUGGGAGUAGGGGGACAGGUUAGGAAAUAGCCCCCCUCCCUUCUUACCUUUUACCUGGGAGGGGGAUCCCUGCUGCCAUAUCUGAUCCCUGGUGGUCCUAGUGAGAGUGAACUCUAGCCUGUGGUUAGUUCACUCACAGAAGAUCUGAGUGUUGCCGUGGCAAUGCUCCAGCCUUAUGAGAGGACCCCAACGGAGCUGCUGGCAAGAGCUCACUGGGUCCUCGUCUGAAUUCAGAGAAAUGGCAGUGUUUACAUUGCUUCCUAGUGACACCUCUAGUGACAGUCAUUCAGACGGUCACUAGAGGUGUUUCCUGUGUCAGUGCUGCACAGUGACUGUGACUCUGGAGGCAGUGACUCUGGAGGCACUGAACGUUCCCCAUAUAGAUACAAUGAUUCAAUGCAUCUCUAUGAGGAGAUGCUGAUUGGUGUAGCGUUUUGCAGCCAAUCCUAUGGCAGAGCAUUGGAUUGGUUGAGAUCAUCAAGCUUGAUGAUCUCAGCCAUAGAGGCAGGGCCAGUUGAGGGCAGACGAGCACGGCGUGAAAAAAAAAAAGUGAGUAUCGGAGGCGGAAAGAGGAAGUGCCGGGUGUUGGGAACAUGCUGUGCCGUAAUGAGUGCAUUGCACCAUGAGGUGGGUAAUGUGACACCUCUUGUCUGUUGUAUAUUGCUAAACAGGUUAGCAUAUAGCAGGUUGUACUGACCAUGAAUAUAUAUGUAUAGUGCUAUUAUAUUCCCACUGAGGCGUCUUUUUUUCUAAAGAAACUAAUUCCAGUUUUUCUAGCCUUUUAACUUAUGUUUUCCAUACCUGUUGUGGUUCGUGGUUUUGGAUGAAUUAGUUUGCGCAAUUCAAAAGGUUUCACAACAACUACUGUGUUAAACUUUUCAUAUAACCAAGAUGGCUGCCAAUUAUGUGCUUAAAAGAGCAUCAAGAUGGCCAGUCAUGUGUCCUGGUGUAACCUAGUUACACUAACAAUAGAGUUAAUGAAAGUCCACAUAUAUUUGCAAACAUUCAAAACCAACCCUUUUAUUUUUUACAGCUAUAAAUUUAGAUCAUUAACUGCAUAAGGUAUUUCAGCAAAGUUAUAUCCUAACUAGUGAUGUCGUGAACCGUUCACGAACUUGCCGCGAACGGUUCGCCACGAACCGUUCGCGGGGAACUCCGGUCAGCUGACACAUCCCUGCCAAUCUCUGGCAGACCCUCCCUCCUAGACCCUCCCACCUCCUGGACAGCAUCCAUGUUGAAGCUCAUGCUGUCCAGGAGGUGGGAGGGUCUGGGAGGGAGGGUCUGCUGGAGAUUGGCAGAGAUGUGUCAGCUGACUGGAGUUCGCCGCGAACGGUUCGUAGCGAACCGCGGUGAACCGUUCGCGGCAAGUUCGCAAACGGUUCGCGACAUCACUAAUCCUAACAUGUAAUAACCAAAUGUCAAUCACUCCGAGUGCAGCAAAAGAUAAUAUUUAAUAAAAAUAUGUUAAAUAUAAAUAUUAAUAAACAUGUUCUAGCUAAACAUUUGUAAUACUAACUAGACAAUUACCCUUUGCAUUACUAAUCGUAUAUUUCCCACGAUUGCAGUUAAAACAUUUAAAAGGGCUAAGCAGGACUCCACUCUCUUUUAAUGGUGCCACAGCUGGUCUUAUUUGCAAGUCCCCAUGCAAAAGAACACCCACUUGGACCUUGUGGGGAACAGGAUGACAAUUGUUAUGAGCCAAUGAUAAUGCAGUACAGUAGGUGACACUCCCACACAUUACACACAAUCCCUCCCCUCAGCCUAGGAUAAAAUUGACUCAAGCUCUUUAUGAACUUAAUUAUCUCCAGGCAGAAAAACACAAAUUUUUUUAAAGUAUGAAAAGUACCCAAUACACAACCUAUCCCCCUAAAUAACCAUGAUCUGGGUGAUCAACAUAUCCAAAAAUUACCUAGAUCAUAGCAGGGGUUCAGGAAAUUCCUGGAAGUCUCUUUUUUUACUGACCGCAUGCAUGGUUUCAUGCCCAAAACAGUUCCAGAGAAUCGGGCUGUGCGGCCGGUCUAUUUCAAAUAGUUGAAAUGCUGUUCAAAUGACCGAACGUAACCGUUCGUGAAUGUAGUCAGUAUAUGUCCCUUGUUCAUGGGUUUCUGCCCAUUGAACGCUGUUUGACUCCCGUUCAAAUAGCCAAAGUUUCAUGGAAGGUAACUGUGCAGCAGUUAGAGUUCCACUCGAUGACAAAACACAGCUGAACAUGUUUGACUAAACAAGAUGGCUGCCACCACAUGUUCAUCUAUACGAAUGGCAACCACCCGUCCGUUCGGCAAUUUGGCUGUGGUUAACUACCAUCCUGGGAGGUAAAUAGGCUGCACACUCAACUUGCGUGUGGUCCGGCUGUCCGAAUGUUCGAAGAAUUAUUGUUCAAAGUCAUAAUGGGUGCAAAUAGGUUUUUUAACCAUAAUAAAUUAAAGGGGCUAUAGUCACAGGUAAAAGGCUGGCAAGUAGCCUCCUCCAAACCCCAGUGGUGAAGUGGCUUUUUCAGAAUCCUGAAAAUUUUAAAACAGGGGUAUGGAUAUUUCUACUCUAACUUCCCCAAGCACCAUCUGGCCAUUGGCCUUUGUUUACAAUAACUUUGUUUAAGUUUUGAAGCACUUUAUCCUGUGCUAACCGAUAACCCAUUUGCUGUGAGGCUUUUGUAACAGGGAUUCGCAAAUCUACAGCCACAGAUUCUUCUUCCCUAUAUACUGAAUAAAGAUUAUUUUCAAUUUCUGCCUUGUCCUGAUCCUCCUUUAUUAACCCACUCAUCUCAAUUUCCUAUGGAAACAGUAUCACACUUUACCUUUUGACAUUAAUGUACUUGAAAACAUUUAGAGGUUGGCCCUGCCCUAUUUGGCUACCAAGCUUUUCAUUUCCAAGUUUAGCCUAUAUAAUUGCCCUUUUUGCAAGCCGUAUUGGCAUGCUUAAUAUUUGUUGUAGGAUGCAUUUGACCCCUCUGACUUAAAUGUUUUGAAUGCCCUCUUAUUUUAUCAUUUGACUGAUCAUUGCACUAAAGUACAUGGGUUUUAAUUUGCUUCUUUUAUAUUUGUUCCCAAUAGUACGUAUGAGGAAUAUGCUAAAUCAUGGUCACUGUUUCCCAAGUGCUCCUUAACAUGAGUUUUUGAAAGAAAGUCAACAUUUUAGCUGUGACAACGUUCAGACAAGUAUUUCUUCUAAUUGAUGGAAUUAUAUUUUAUCAGGUUCAAAAACAUGUUCCCCUUGACUGUACUACUAGUCCUUCUGGCCCAAUCAAUGUCUGAAGAAUGAAUUAAUAAUACAUCUUCCCCAUCAGUUUUAAUGUUUAAAAGGUAUUUUUUUUUUAGAGGUUUUCAUUUCUUUUCACAGACCUGCUCCUACACAAUAUAUAAAUCUAUUAACGUCUAUCUUUGCUAUUGAUGAAAUAAACAAUGACCCAGAUAUUUUACCGAAUGUCACUCUGGGAUACCAUGUUUAUGAUACAUGUGGAGAUGAGAAGAGAGCCAUUCAAAGUGUCCUUCAAAUACUGUCUGGAAAUGCAUCAGAAGUGCCUAAUUACUCCUGCCAGGAACAGGGUAAAGUUGCUGGAUUUAUAGGAGAUCUCAAAUCUUCUACGACCAUUUCAAUGGCUCAGAUUCUCAGCAUGUAUGGAUACACACAGGUAAUUCAUUAACAUUGUAUUUAUAUUCGUUGUAUAAUGGAAGACAAAAAAUGCAUUGGUGAAAAGAAUAUGAAAGUUCUGCUUGGGUUGCAGCAGUGGCUAUAGUAUUUAUCACCCCAAAUACACAGAGCAAAAAGCAAAAACAGAGAAUAUGAGAACACUGAAAAUAGGGUUCCACUGUAAUUUCGGCACACAAAAUGGCUGCCGCAAUUUGGCCCGGUCAGGUGCCGCUGAUAAAUGAGGCAGACUGCGAGGGAGCACUCUCCCCUGCUCAUUUCCCUUGCGCGCACUGCAGUGAUGCCGGAGCCGGAAUAUGACUUCACUCCGGCCCCGGCAUCACUAAGAGGCACACGAGGAAGCUGAAUAGGAAGAUUACUAAAAAAUAUAUUUUCUCACCAUUUUUAAAUCUUUUUUUUUUUAAUAAAAAGAUUUUACAAUGACACAGACGCUAUUGCCAGUUAACACCUUUUGAAUUUAACAAUUUAGCUGUAUCUGGCUGUAUCUGGCAAAUCACAGAGCACUCAGUUAUGAUAAAUUGCCAUUUUUGAGAAAACUCACUCAUCUGUUACAACCUCUCUCAGAUUUUUGCUCUGUCUCAGAUGUAAUUACUAGGUAACAACCUUUAAAUUGACCAAUCUGGCUGCACCUGGCAAAUCACAGAGUAUUUAAUUAAUGAGAAACUGCUAUUCCUGAGAAAUCUCAAUUUCCUGGCCAUAUCCAUGGCAGCACAAGGAUGGGUAGCUCCUCCCUAUCCCUAAAGACAGGAACUAAUUAAAAUACAUGUAUAAGUACCUUCUCCUAUCCCCCCUCCCUCCGUCUUUUUGUUCCUGUCCUAUCCCUUUAUGACAUGUGUUUUUUCCUUGGAACUAUUAUUUUUCUUUUAUGGCUUACCUUGGGCUUUGUUCCCCUGGCCCCUUGGGAAUUCAGCCUCUCUCCCUUGGGAAGUCUCCAGUUACACGGCCCUGCGCAAAGGUGACCCCCUGGAGAGUACCCCUUUAGUGACCGGUGGUCUGGUACUUGCUGUAAUGGGUAGCAAGCUGUUAUGCCUGGUUCCCUAAUGCUGCAGUGACCCCUAGGGGUAGCAGUGGGCAGGUGAAUAUAGACCUGGACGUGUACCUUGCUGGUCUGGACUUCUGCCUGUUUCCGGCUUGCCUCCGCCUUUCCCACUGUCCUUCUGAAGAGGUAAGUCCCUGUGGUUUAUUUCAUUUUCACUCGUUUUUUUCGAACACACAUGCGUUUGUAUGGUUUGCUGAUUGGUUUUGUGUCCGUUCGUGCUUUUAGCCGUUCGCCAAAAAUUUAGCAGUUCGUCUGAAUUUUGGCUGUUCGCAUGAAUUCUGGUGAACGUCCGUUUGUUCAUACGAAUGGUUCGUUCACCUGUUCGUUCGCCUGUUCAUUCGCCUGUGCGUUCACCUGUUCGUUUGCCUGUUCGUUCGCCUGAUUCACUGGUUCACAUACUGGUGGGAAUUGUUCUGGCGAAUGCUACAUUGCUUCCUCCUAUCUCCUGUCUUUUUAUUUUUUAAAGUGGUAUCCUUCAAUUUGUUCUGAAUUUCAAUUUGAGAUUCUUUCUUGCAUUUGGUUCUGAAGAUGGAUAGGGAAGUCAGAUUCCUCUAAUUCUAAAGCUUCCCCACCAAACAAAGGUCACAACCUAAGUCUAAAAGGUAAUCCAUGUUUUUUUUUUUCUGGUUUGUUUUAUCUAACAUUUAAAAAGAGUGUGUAUCACUGAUACACUGUUCUGUCCCUGUUUCGGCAGUUCUAAGGGGACUAGAGCUUCAGUGUCCUCCAAAGGGAAGUCGCUCAGAAGGACACAAUGUGUAUCCUGUGAUAACAGAGCCCUGGAGGGGAAACAUCUCUGUUUUUCUUACCUAUCUGUGGCUGUGGGCCCAUCUCAAAGGCAGUCCUCCAUCCAACCUGCGCCUUACAUAAUGCAGUAUAUUUCACAAGCAGUCGCUCUGGGCAUUCAGGAAGCUGGGAAGUCCCGCAAGCGACCAAGGUGUUUGGAACCUUCUGAGUGUUCUCCAGAUGUCUCUGAUGUGGAGUGUAUGUCUAUGGAAUCCCUGAGAGAUCUAGGUUCUUCUUCUGAGGAUGUGGUGCUUCCAGCUCCAGAUUUCCUGGAACCUGCUGCAAUUGACCAUUUGAUAUCCAGGGUCCGCAAGACUCUGUUUGAAGUAACCUUCUAAGGAUGAACCUUCCACAUCCAGUUGCCACUUCUCUGACCUUAGGAGGAAGAGGACUACUUUUCCAGUCCAUGUGACUAUAAAAGACCUCAUCAAAGAGGAAUGGUACAGAUCAGGCAUAAAAUCCUCUUCAAAAAGAACAUUUUCCAGACUGUAUCCUUUUGAGGACACUGAUGCUAAAACAUGGGAUUCCGCUCCCAAGGUAGAUGCAGCCAUGGUUAGAUUGGCCAAAUGUACCACUUUACCUGUUGAUGAUGCGGGUUUCUUCAAAGACCCUUUGGACAGAAAGAUGGACUUCAGUCUUUACAUAGCUUCAGGUACGGGCCUAUGUCAGUAUCCAGGGCGCUUAAGGUUUGGUGGAGAAUUUGGAUGAGGAUAUUAAGAACGGCAGGAGCUGUCCCUCCAUACUGGACAGCCUAAAAGAUUUUAAAUUGGCUGUUGACUUCUCAUCUGAGGCUGAGUACUUGCAUAUCUGCAGAUUCAAGAUGGAGUCCCUUUAAUUUAUAGUGAAGGCUGUCUUUCCAAAUCAGUGGAUGUUAUCAAUAAACUUGUUGCUUUCCUAUUUCCACAUCCUUAUAGCCCUAGCACAUCAGAAAUACUUUCACAAAAGUGCUUGUUGUUCUCAUUGCAGAACUGAAAAAACAGGGCAUAUCCAUCUUCUAUUACCUGGACGACACCCUGAUCGUGGCGGACGACAAGGACAUUUUAUCCUCCCAUGCAAUUGUUUGCCUUCAGUUCCUACAACGUCACGGUUGGAGGAUCAAUGUCAAAAAGAGUCAUCUCUGCCCGAGUCAGUCCAUGACAUACCUGGGUGCUCUGUUCGACACUUUAGCAGGGACGAUUCCCCCAGAGAGGAUCAUGAGAAUAUGGAAACAGGUUCUGGAGACAUUGGCAUGCAUGGUGACUUCAGCGAAAAAGUUAAUGAGUCUCCUGGAUUCCAUGUCCUCCACGAUAGGACUGACAAGGUGGGCACAAUGGAGAAUGAGGAGCUUUCAAACAAACUUCCUCCUCCGAUUCUCCUCAAAGAGUUUACUCCAGCCCAUCAAGAUUCUGUUGUCAGUUCACAUUUCCCUGGUUUGGUGGCUUCCCUUUGGGAGACGUUCCAUGGAUAGUAAUAGCGACGGAUGCCAGCCAUUGGGGUUGGGGUGUCCAUUGUCAAUGCGACCACGUGCAAGAGGAGUGGAAGUUCCCUGCAUUCCCUGUAUCUGCCUUGUCGGCUUUAACUAACCACAAAUGGGCCUUUGAUUCGGACGUGGCCAGGUUUCGUAAAGCUGUACUAAAAAAAAUCAGACCUCUGAUUAAGCCGUUCACUCUACCUUGGGACUUGCCUCUGGUUCUCCAAGAUUUAAACUUUGGAUUCAGUGCCUUUCCAUUUCCCCUCCAUUAAACUGCCUUACUGGUGGUUUUGGCCUCAGGCAGAAGGGUCUCGGAACUUCAUGCUCUGUCGUUCAAGGAGCCUUUCACAGUCUUCCAUAAGGACAGGGUCAUCCUUCAUACUAUCCCAGAAAAUCCUAAGGUCACCUCCGCCUUUCAUAUUAAUGAGAAAAUUGUUCUCCCAGCUCUGCAUCCGGUUCCACAAAUAGAUGGUGAUGACCGAGAUCUUUCCUACUUGGAUUUGGUGAGAUGCCUCAGAAUCCACAUUGACAGAACCACCUCUUGGCGUUUAUCUCAAGGCCUCUUUGUCCUUUUAUAACAGAUGUAGAAAGGGCAGUCAGGCUCCUAAAUCUACCAUUAGCAGAUGGAUUGUUUCAGCCAUCAUCCAAGCUCUCUCCUGAGCUGCUUUGUAGAGCUGCCACUUGGUCCUCUGCCAAUACUUUGAUCAGACAUUACCAAGUAAAUGUCAGAGCUGGUUAUUCGGACCAAUUUGUUAAAAGUGUCCUUUCUGUGUGAGACCCUUGAUUCCUGAAGUCUUGGUGUUUGUGACUUGGUUUGUGGUACAAAUACACUUUGCAUAUGAUAUUUCGGAGUCUGUGGUUUCUUUAUUUCUUCUUCCCUCCCUUGGUUAUUGCUUGGGUAUUACCCAUCAUUGUGCUGCCAUGGAUAUGGCCAGGAAAAAGGAAAAUUUAUCCAUACUUACCAUAAUGUUCUUUUCCUGGUCAUAUGCCAUGGCAGCACAAUGUCCCGCCCUGGGAUAUUGCUAGUAACAAGACUGAGGGAGGAGGGGAUAGGAGGAGAUACUUAUACAUGUAUUUUAAUUAGUUCCUGUCUAAUUAGGGAUAGGGGAGGAGCUACUCAUCGUUGUCCUGCCAUGGCAUAUGACCAGGAAAAGAAAAUUACAGUAAGUAUGGAUAAAUUUUCCUUUAACUGCUACAAUCUCUCUCUGGUUUCUGCUCCAAAAUAGCAGCUUCUAAACUAACUAGUUGCAUCUGGCAUAUCACAGAGCAUCCAGUUAUGAGAAAUUGUUAUUCCUGAGAAAUUCUACUAUUUGCUACAAUUUCACUAUUUGUCCAGUCUAGUUUAGAUAGACAAUGUUUUUGUUCCAUAUUAUUUUUGUUCUAUGUUCUGCUUUGAAGUCUCAUUGCUUUUAAAAUUCUAGCACUGGGGAUGGUUUUACUAUUUAAACUUGGUUAAUAAAAGUUAAUUUUUAAUACCUUUUUUCAAUGAUUCACCACAAUCAGCUUCUAUUCCUGCUGUUAAGUUCUACUAUCGGGUUAUUAUCUGUGCUACGGUGCCAAAAAUUGUUUGGGGUUCCACGUUGUUAGCACAUUAUGUCAAAGGGUUCCACUGGAAAAAUGAAUUGGGGAACCCCUAGUAUAGCUUAUUGGUAGAGUGUAGAGGGUUUAUGUUCAGUGAUAGUAUAGACCAUUGGUAGAGAAUAGAGCAAUAAAAAACACAUUUGUAUACACAUAUACUACGAUACACACAGACAUACUGACACACAGAUACACUCACAGACACACUGCAAUGCAGAUACACACACAGACACACUGACACAAAUAUACACAGACAGACAUACUGACACACACACAGAUAUACACACAGACAUACUGACACACACACAACAAGUAACUUUUCAGGCACCUUCCUGUUUCUUACCUUUUAGUUGAAGGAGAGUGGGUGGGGCUGUUGGGAGUUGGCCUGGCUCUCCUAUCUUCUUCCUCCCUCCCGUGUGGAGUAAGCUGGGAGGAAGUGACUGACUGUCACUUCCUCCCAGCAUCAAAGGGGCCCAACUUGGGAGCUUCCAUUAGCUUUCCUGAGCUAAACCCUGCCGUCCAGCACUAGGAUUUUUGUCUGAAAGCUGAUUAAUUUAAGUUAAUGAUCUAAGACCUGUACCGCUUAGCUCAAAAAUAAUGCUUCCUGCUGCAGUGGAGGAAGGGAGUAGUAUACAUUUUCUGUGAUACAAAGUUUUUCAAUGUUUGUUGUUGGUAAAUUGAGCUAAAAAUUGUAAUAAUUUUCUGUUUUCCUUUUGCUAUUUGAUAAUAAACUAAAUUAAGUAUAUUAUAUAUCUAGAUCAGUUAUGGAGCAACCGACCCGCUGCUAAGUGACAAAGCGCUUUAUCCAUAUUUCUUACGGACAGUUCAGGAUGAUCUGGUUUUCUAUGCAUCUAUUUCAAAACUGUUGCAAUAUUUUGGUUGGAACUGGGUUGGAAUAAUUACAACAGAAGAUGAAAGUGGAGAGAAGGAGCUCAAUGAGUUAAGGCAGGAGCUCACCCGCCAUGAGAUCUGCAUUGAGUUUGUUAUUAAAAUGUCCAAAUCGUUACCAAGUAACCUAAAGAGCAUGACUGUUAUUGAGAAAUCAACCACUCGGGUUGUAAUCAUUUGUGGUGCAAUAUCUAUUAAUUACUUGCACUUUUUUCAAAAUUCUGGAUCAGUUUUCAAAAAUGUAACCUUAGUUAUUCCAGGCUCAUGGCCAUUGAAUUUGUACACUGGUUUAAGCUCCAUAGGACUGUUUCAUGGUAGUUUGAGUAUUGCACCCAUCACAAACUAUUUCCCUCAAAUAGACAACAUUUUACAGUCGGCUAACCCAUCCAUGCGCCCUGGAGAUCCGUUACUUGAAGAUAUUUGGAUGUUACGCUAUAAUUGCAGUUUGAAAAACAUGUUGAAGACACUGAUUUUCCUGUUCCUAUAUAACGUUUCUCCUUACCCCUGCACUAAUAAUGAGCAAGGAAACUUUACAGAAUAUCGAAAUAUUCCUUCUCCUUAUCUCACUUACAUAGCGGUAUAUGCCUUUGCACAGGCUCUGCACACUAUGCGCUUGGAAUUUAAUAUAAAGUAUGAUGUAACUGAUUCCAAACAAACCAAAUAUAGAAACAAGGUAUGUUUUUUUUGUUAGUUUUUUUGUUUUUUUUUUAAAUUCCCAUAAGUUUAUAUAUUUGCAGAGGUAUUCAUUAAAUCUGCAAUUGUGGAACACUGCAUGCAAUCCAUAUUUAGGACACAUCAGUGUAAGAGGAGUUUAGUAGUGACCCCAUUAUAGCAUCAUUAUCAUUCUUAUUAGUAAUGUUUUUCCAUUCACUUACUCUGUAGGGCUUUACCAAAUUAUUAAAGUGACACUACAGUCACCAAAACAACUUUAGCUUAAUGAAGCAGUUUUGGUGUAUAGAUCAUGCCCCAGUCUCACUGCUCAAUUCUCUGCCAUUUAGGAGUUAAAUUACUUUGUUUAUGCAGUCAUAGUCCCUGAGUCACACUUCCUGUAAAGAGUCAUCAAAUGUUAACACUAACUUUAUUGCAAAUUAGGUUUACGUUAGAAAUCCUUAUCUCCUCCUCUGUUAAUAGCCUGCUAGAUCCUACAGGAACCUCUGGUAUGUAAUUAAAGUUCAUUUUACAGAGCAGGAGAUAAAAACUUUUAAAAUAAUUUACAUCUGAUUGAAAAAUAAACACUUUUGUUUUCAUGCAGGCUCUGUCAAUCACAGCCAGGGGGAGCGUGGCUAGGGCUGUGUAAGCAGAACCAAAAGUGAUUUAACUCCUAAAUGGCAGAGAAUUGAGCAGGGAGACUUCAGAUGCAUGACGUGCAUCACUGCUUUAUUGAGCUAAAUAUGUUUUGUUGACUAUAGUGUCCCAAACAAGUGAGACACAGCUAUUACAUUGUUUGACAGACACAAUAGAUUGAUGAGGCUUACAAUCUAAAGGAGGUAAGGUAUAAAAACAUAAUAGGAAGGGUAGCAUGGCAGAUAGCAACUAAGUAAAAGAGAGAAUGGACCUACUAAUUAGGUUGAGAGAAUAGGUGAUAGGUUUCAGGAAUUACAAUUACCCCGGGAGGCCAUAGGUUAUUGUUGAGAUGUGGAUUUUUCGGGGACUUCUUAAAGGAUUGAAGACCGGGGGAGAGUCUGAUGGGAGAAGGCAGGCUGUGCCAUAAGAAUGGAGCUACCUGCAUGAUGUCCUGUAAGCAUGAGUUAGCAGUAGUAGGGAAGUGACCAGUGAAUAGCAGAAGAUACCGGCAGUGUGGAGUAACUGAGCAGGGAUGUAAUUAUGAAUUAGUGAAGAACUGUACCUGAGAGUAGAGUUGUUGAGUGUUUGCUAGGUAAAUGUUAUUAUUUGAAACCGAAUCCUGUAGAGUACAGGAAACCAAAAUAAUAAUUGAGAGAGGGGUGAUGUGUGAUAGGAGUGAUUGGAGAGAUAAUGCUUCCUUAUAGACUGUAGAGAGUAUGGUUUCUGAAUAGACCAAUUUACAGAGAAUUACAGUAGUCAAUACGAGAAAUUACAAGAGAAUGAACCAACUCCUUAGCAGUAUCUUGCUUAAGAAAGGAGCUUAUGCGGGAAAUGUUUUUACAGUGGAAUUGUCAGGAUUUGGUGACAGAUUAGACAUGAGGUGAAUGAAGAUAACACCAAGGCAGCAAUCUGGCAAGGAUGUGCGCACCAUCAACUUUCAUGAAGAGUGUCAAGGGAAAAAGAUUAGUAUCAUAAAGUGGGAAGAUUAGAAGCUCUGUUUUUCACAGAUUGAGUUUUAGAAAGUUUGAGGUUGUGCAAUCAGACAGAGGGAGAGAGAGCAGGGGAGAGCAGGUAUAUCUGCUUGUCAUCGGCAUUUAGGUGAUAGUUCAACUUAAUAGAAUUAGUGCGUUUUGAAAGCAAAGCAGUAAAAAGAGCAAAUCUAAGUGUUAUGAAGACAGAGCCUUGAGAAACUCCAUCAGAGAUAGGAUAAGGAGGGUAGAUGUUAUCAGAAAAGGAAGGAGAGAUUGUCUUAGAAUAAUGAAAGGACAGUGUCGCGUUGAGUGCCAAUACUACUCCCUCUGAUGGCCAAAGCUUGCAUUGUGGAUUCUCUUCCUUGGCUGAUUUUGUCCUUCCUGGACUUUUUCAAGAUUCAAAAUGCUGAAUACUGACUCAGAUUUUGGUUUUGGUGUCUGGUUGAUUGAAGGCAACAGGAGAGCUCAAGUUCAAUAGUUUGUCACUAUAUAUAUGUUUAUAUCUAUAUCUGAGUGUUGGAUUGUACAUGGGAAAAGCUGAGCAGGUAUGUGCAAAUUGUAGGUUAAAAUAGUCAGGCUGGUAAAAUAGAUGAGUUGGGGUAUUUUUUAAUUUAAUGUAUCUUUGGGAUAACACCUCUAAUUCCCCUUUUGUUACACUAUUUCUGGUGUGAUUGCCUUGAAAUUAGUUUUAAAAUAAUGUAUUAAGAAUAAUGUGUAUAUAUAAGGUAAACAAUCAUUACAAAGAUAUAUACAGAGGAUACAGCUGUAGAUUUACAAGAAGAAAUAUAAUAAUAGCAUAAUACAGUAAACUAUGUGCACCUAUAGAAUAACACUCACAGAAUGAAGCUGUAUUGUGUCUCCUCGGGAUACCUCCCCUUAGUAUUCUGGGGGACUAAUUCUGGGUUCUCCACUCCUGAAGGCAGUCACCUUCUCUAUAUGAAGGGCUGGAUUUUCCAAACCAGGAUCAAAUUUAUUGCAUAAGUAUAAAUUUGGUAUAAAAAUUAUUACAAAAAAAUACAUACAAAUAAAAUACAAACAAUCAAUGAAAUAAAAUAACAAAAAUAUUGCAUAUAAAACAAUCCUGAAUAGGAAGAAGCAGUAUGCUGCUUACAUAUAAAACAAUCCUGAACGAGGAAGUAGAAGCAUGCUGCUUCCUCCUAUUCAGGAUUGUUUUAAAUGCAAUUUUGUUGUUAUUGUUUUGUAAUUUUAUUUUGUUUGAUUUAUUGUUUUUUUUGUUAUUUUGAUUUUUUGUUUAGGAUGAAACGUGUAGGACCAUAUGUUGUAUUUUGUUUUUAUACUUUUUUUAUUCCAUUUUAUACUUACGGAACCUGGUCUUCAUAAAUAGAUGGUGACUGCCGCCCAUAGUGGAGAAACCCUGGAUUAGCCCCCCGAAUUAUUAGAGGAGGCACCCCAAAUCGACAUAACAUGUCUUCAUUCUGUGAGUGUUAUUCUACGUGUGUCCUUUACUGUAUUAUGCUAUUUUUUGUUGUAGAUCUACAGCUGUAUCCUCUGUAUAUAUUUUUUGGUUGAGUUUGCUGUUAAAAGGAUCCUUGGAGGAAGCUGUACAUUUUAAAUCAAGAAAAGUGUUCACACCAGACUAUUCACUCAUUGGUGUGGGUUUGCUGUGUGAAGGCAAAAUAGCCAUAAUACUUUAUUUCUGUCACCUGUGUCCAUUUAAGGUUGUUAUUCAGUUUUGAUAAAUUCCAAAGAAGAAACAGAGAAAUGUAUUAAGAAAAAAAAUGGGUGCAUUAUGGGAAAUAAUAGAAUCCCAGAAUAAUAUAACAAUUUUGAAUAAUUUAACGAAUGUGUUCUUUUUAUAGCACAAAGCGGCAGUGUUAUUCAGUGUUGGGAAAGCACUCUUUGCUGCAGAAUACACUUUUUCCACUUAUUUUAUUGAUAAUGAUACCUAUGUUUAAAUAUGACAAGAUAAAUUAUGCAUACAAACCCAUCCUCAAAUUAUUCUGCUGAUUUCAGUGCAUGGUCCAAAAUCAUUGAAGUCUUGGCCCCCAGGUAUAGCCACUCAAUAAAUCACCAUCUUAUUUUUCAAUAAUGCUGAGAUCAACCAAUCAUUUUCCAAAAUAUAACUGUGGAGUUAUUUUCAAAUUUAGUUAAUGGAAAGAAACCAAGGAUUUAUUAGACUCGAUUUUAUUGUUCAAAUAUACAUGUGCACGUAACAGAUAGAAACUCACAAUAAAGGACAGUUUUAUAUUCGUUAUGCCACUUUCUGAAUACUUUGGAUUGUGAAGGCUUCUAGGUAGGUAACAUAAAAAUAAAUAAAAAAAAUCAUGUAUGUAAUGUAUCAGUCAUUCUAAAGUCAACACAAUUACUUCCUGUAGACGUUGACACAAGCUGAUUUGCGGUGGCUGUUUUUAUCGACCCAUGCUGGUUAUCAUUUAGGCAAUUCAUUUUUUCACAUCAAUCCUCUUUCAGGUUACCUACCCAAACCAUACAUGACAAGUGCACCACGAGAAGAAAAAAUAUAUAUUUCAAGCUUUCAAAGUGUGUAUCAUGUCAAACUCAUGAUCCCCCUCUCACUCGCCACACUCCCGACACCACUGCCACUUCACUGUCUUUUCUUCAUACUUGACCCCCUCCAGUCAUUUUCUUUCUUGCUCAUUGAUUCACUUUGGCUACAGACUUUCACACUUCUUUCCAUGUUGAUGCCGGUCAUAUAGUGUCCUGCUUGGAUAUCAAGAUACGUUUGAUGGUAUAUUGUUGGACUAUAUCAAUCUAUAGAUUUGUUUAGCUUUAAUGAGGUAAUUAUUAGCUAGAACCAGUUUUCCAUAGAUGUUUACUGGCAGCAUUACUGGCUGUAAAAUAGGUCCAUGAAUUUUGUAUUCUGAUCAGCCAAAAGACAAAAACAUCAUUGGUGCUUUAUAAAUGCUGAAUUGUAAUGCACCUCAUUGUGUGAGUUUUAGAUUAGAAGACAUGAUCCUAAAUUAAUUACUUUAUGAUAAAUUGUGAUACUGUCUGUAAGCAAGAUCUAAUAGAAUAUAAAAAAAUUCAUGAUUUUCCCGUUUUGUUUCUAAAAGCUUUAUAAUUAUGUACGAAGAGUCCAUUAUGUAAACAAACUUGCAAAAGAGAUUUUUUUUAAUACCAAAGGAGAAUUUUCAGAUCAUCUUAGCCUUGUGAAUUGGAAGGCUGAAAUAUAUGACAAUAAGUUGGCAAUGGAAGCCCAAUCUGUUGGAAUCCUAAAUACAUCUUCUCCUGAUAAUCAACAGCUCGAUAUACAUCUGCAGUCAAUAACUUGGAACAAUGACCAAGUAGGUUAUAUUUUUAAAUCUUGCACUAUAUUAAUAUAAAAUAAUAUUACAAUAUUUAUAAUCAUGGCCAGGUUUUGGAUAUUCCGAUCUAUUUUCUCCCCAAAUUACAAAGAGAAAAACUGGAGGAUAAUUAAAUGAAAAAUUGGAUCAAUUAAUAAUAUAAAGGUUUCAUCAAACAAACAAAAUAACACAUACAAUUAAUGAUUGUCUUCGGUAGGGCAUCCAUAUCAUGGUCAGCCAUCCAAACACCAAAGUCACAAUCGAAAUAAGCAUAAACUGAAAUAGUCAUAGCAUUUAUUGUGCUGUCUACCACAUGCAUCUACAUGACUAUGAGAUAUCUAUGUGCUAUUUUCAUGCUUCUUGCUUUCUUUCCAUCACCUCUUUCUCCACCGGAACACCUCAUCUGGUUUUCCAACUAACCUGUUUUCAAUAAGAUUAUCUCUAAAUUGCAACCUCGUUCCAGCAUUGUAAGGUUGUAGAUUCAUUCAUGCUGAUGCAUCUCUGUGUGGAGUUACUGAUUGGAGCAGCGCUAUGAUGACCACACAUGGGCAGUUGCCCCCAUAACAUUCAUAUGGGGAAGUACUGUAUUUAUUGAGAUCAUCUUAACUGAUGAUCUCAGAUAGGAUGAAGCAGGAAUAAAGGUGAAUAAAAUUAUAUAUUCCUAUAUUUUUUUUUGGUGUUUUAUUAUUAUAAAGGGGCAAUAAUUUAAAUAGGUAAGGAGAAACUCUAAUGUUAGAAAUACAUGUUUGUAUUUGUAACCUUAGAGUGUUCCUUUAAGUCACUAUGGUUCCAUGUAUCUUGUGUAGAGUAUAUAUAGAACAAAGAAUGGGGAUAUAGCAAGUCCUGGAGAAACAAAUACACAAACAAUAGAGUAGUAACCCCUAGCACCACUAUAUAUGCAUAAUAAAAUAUAACACUCACAAACGCAGAGUAAAUACAAACCUUGAAUGAAAUGUAUGGUUCCUUCAAAGAAUCUGAAUAGUCUGGAGGGGGAAAGUUUAUGUGGAGUAGAAACAUUGCAAUAGUGUAGGUCGCCAAUAUUAUUAUUAUUAUUAUUAUUAUUAUUAUUAUUAUUAUGAUAUUUAUAGAGCACCGUCAAAUUCCGCAGCGCUUUACAAUGGGUGGACGAACAGACAUGUAGUUGUAACCAGACAAGUUGGACACACAGGAACAGAGGGGUUGAGGGCCCUGCUCAGUGAGUUUACAUGUUAGAGGGAGUGGGGUAUAGUGACACAGUAACAGAGGGAUUGAGGGCCCUGCUCAGUGAGUUUACAUGUUAGAGGGAGUGGGGUAUAGUGACACAGUAACAGAGGGAUUGAGGGUCCUGCUCAGUGAGUUUACAUGUUAGAGGGAGUGGGGUAUAGUGACACAGUAACAGAGGGAUUGAGGGUCCUGCUCAGUGAGUUUACAUGUUAGAGGGAGUGGGGUAUAGUGACACAGUAACAGAGGGAUUGGGGGCCUGCUCAGUGAGCUUACAUGAUAGAGGGAGUGGGGUAUAGUGACACAGUAACAGAGGGAUUGAGGGUCCUGCUCAGUGAGUUUACAUGUUAGAGGGAGUGGGGUAUAGUGACAGUAACAGAGGGAUUGAGGGCCCUGCUCAGUGAGUUUACAUGCUAGAGGGAGUGGGGUAAAAUGACACAAAAAGGAUAGUAUUAGACUAGUGACAGUUGCAGAAGAGGAAUCAGUCAGGAGCUAUUAAAAGGAAUAGUUCAUUUAUUUAUACUGACCAACGCAUUUUCAGCAGUGUCCUUUGUGGAAGCAUUCCAUAUAGAUGAGUAUAGAUGAGUAUUAUUUACUUUUUUUGUUUGUUUGUUUUAAGUGUGGAUCACUACAUUUUCACACAGUUUAUUGGUAUUGGUGGAUUUGUUUAUUUUUAGUCACCAAAAACUAAAUUUCAAUGGGUAAAUUGUUGCAUAGUAAAAAAAAAUAGAAUCAUGCUUGCAGUAAAGAAUCAAAACACAUGGAGAAAAUACCUUGUACAUCCCGGACUGUUGUGCCCUUGUUCAUAAGCCAUUUAAAGUACCUCUUCCAGUUAAUUGUUUUCUUAUUUUUCUUGACUAGGUUCCAACCUAUUUAUUGUAAUUCAGGCUCUUCACGUAUUCUCACAUUUAUACAAGUAUUUUUUUUUAUUAUAAAUGCCUUUCAUAGAUCAUUGCAAAAUGACAGGGCUCAGGUGCCAGGAUAAUAGAAAAAUAGACAGUGAAAAAAAAGUCUUGUUCUUGUCAAGCCUCAAGACAAUCUGAAAAAAAGAAUGAAAGCAAGAAAAGUAUACAUCCACCUAUCAGAACAAAACGCAUUGUAUCCAGAUAUCUCUUAAAAAAACACACUCCACUCCACUGCUCAGAUACCAAUAAAUAUAUCCAUGCAAAUGAUAAUUUAGUAGACAUACCCCCAAUGAAAACAUGCACACAUUUAAUUAAGCCUAUUUAAAUAUCACUGGCUUCCUCCGUUCCCCAGCCUAGACUUUCUGUGGCUGUCCAAUCACAGAAGUCCCAAUGUCUUUGUAAGACAAGUGGCAGUUUGGACAAAAUGCCAAUGCUUUAAACACAUAGUGCUAAAAAUAAACAAUAGUACCAUUUCCUUUUAUUUAAUUUUCUUCAUGUUUAUUGUGUGUUGUUAUGUAUAUACUGUAUAGUUUAGAUUGGAUACAAACCAGCAUCUUUGUGAAGAAACUGUUUUCUGAACGUUUUUCUCUUAUUAACGUGGCAAGCCUAACCUUUACCUGGCAGUAACAUUGUGAUGUGUGUAUUUAAUUAUUAUCAUCAUUGAUAUUAUUAUCAUUAUCAUCAUUUGGCUUUCUUAUACUUGCUUCAGAUACCCCUAAUACAUAAUUACUAUGUGGAAAGCAGUUGUCUAUGGAAUAGCAUGAUUGAUAUUCUCUCUCUACGGAUGAACCUUAUUUACAGUCACUUACUGGAGUCACUGACCACUUAUUCCCAUAUCUAUCAAUACGCUCGGAUCAUGUUCUUCUGGCAGCAUUCGUGUGGAUUAUGUAACAUGAUUUUCAUUACAUAUUCUGAAGGGAUUUGUGGGGUACAUUUAUUUUUAGCCCCUCCCCUAUUUGUGUGAAUCCUCGGUACCGACACACUAAUAGAAACUAUAUCAUUACGUCUUAAUAGUUAAGUCAGUAUAGAUCUUGACACACAUUGGAGUGACACUAGCAAUAUACAGUGGACAUAACUUAUGAUCAGUUUAGAUCAGAUGACUAUUGGUCUGUUUACCUAAGACUACCUGGGUUCCUGAGCAGGGCCGGACUGGGGAUACAAAGCAGCCCUGGAAAAAAAAAUUGUGCCAGCCCCAUAAGUCACUGCGCCAUAUAUUGUCGCGUGUAAUAUGUAAGGCUAUGUCUUGCCAGGACAGAUGAUUGAGUAAUAUAUAUAUAUAUACAUAUAUAUAUAUAUAUAUAUAUAUAUUGCUUUUUCUAAUAUAAAAUAUUGGUCCUUUCAGGAUAAAACGUUUAAUUAUACAGUAAGCAUACGCACAUGCAGACACAGGCAAUUUCACUGACAUUUCAGUGACACACACAAGCUCAUUGAUACACAGCCUCAUAGACAAACAAUCUUACUGAUAUACAUCAGCUCAUUGACAUAAAACCACAAGCUCACUCACUAGCAGGCACACGCAUGCAAGCAAGCUCACUCACUAGCAGACGCGCACACACAGCUUAAUGUGGUGGUACUGGUGUCUAUAGCAUGUCCCUACAGGCUUUUCAACGUAAACACUGACUUUUCAGACAAAAGGCAGUGUUUACAUUGCUUCAAAGUGACACUGCUAGUGACAGUCACUCAGAUGGUCACUAGAGGUGCUUCCUGUGUUAGUGCCCUCCCGCCCUCGCUGCUGAAUGAGACUGGCGCCGGAAUAUGACGUCAUAUUCCGGCACCGGUCUCAUUCAGCUGCGUGCUGGGGAGCAGAGCCAGCGCAGCUUGCGCAGCUCCCUCAGCGGCCGCCAGGACAAGUCCGCCAGCGGCCGCCAAAAGACCUCCCCAGCGGCCAGGGGAGGGCUGGCAGCCUUAGGCCUGGGGGGCAAAACCAGUCAAGUAGACUGGUGCACCUGCCCAGGAUCAGAGCCGGUGCAAGGAUUUUUGCCGCCCUAGACAAAAUAAAAUUUGCUGCCCCCACAUGUCACAUCACAAUGCCCCACCCAUAUGAUCUGCCAUAUGAACUAACGCCAGUGCUGCACACAGUGUGUGUUUACAUUAAAAAACCUGCAGGGACCAGCUAUAGACACCAGAACCACUUCAUUAAGCUAUAGUGUCCCUUUAAUGUGAGGUAAAAUAUAGAUUAGUGUCACUAAUAAUAUACUAGAUUGUCUACUUACAAGCAGAUGAGGAUGAUGAUGGGCUGCAGUUUGGCUCCACUGGUCUGGUGUAGAACAGGAUCUCUGGAGGCUGUUUGCAACUGUGGUCACAAAAUUCAAUGUUCUGGGAGAAUUGGAAGCAGCUCAAUUUUUUUGGGGCCCCUUACACAGCUCAAGGUCUGGGCCCCAGGGCCUGGCGGUGAGUAUGCCCAUAAGGCCCACUCAUAAGUUCCACCCACCCAUGAGUUCGCUCACAGGGAGUGGAGUGUGUAGGGGAUGUGUUAUGUGUUAUUGUAGAGGAUCUAAUAUGUGUGCUUAUGGUAUGUAGUGUUUAGGGUUACCAGUUUGUGCAGGUGAUGCGGUGUGUUUGUGUGUAGUGGAAGCAGUGUGUAUUUGUGUAUAAGGGAUGUAUUAUGUGUUUCUGGUUGUGUGUAAGGGAUGCAUUGUGUGGAUCUGUGUUUGUAUGCAUAAGGGAUGCAAGGUGUGUGUCUGUAUGUGUGUGCAUGAGAUGCAUUGUGUUUCUGUGUGUAUGUAAGAAAAGAAGUGUGUGUGUUUGCAUGCGUGUGUACGGGUUUGCAUUGUCUGUUUCUGUGUAUGUGUGCAAAGGAUGCAUUGUCUUUGUGUGUAAGGGUUGCAUUGUGUGUGUGUGUGUGUGUAAUGGAUGCACUGUGUGUUUCUCUGUGUGUAAGGGAAGCAUGUUGUGUUUCUGUGUAUGUAUAGGGAUGCAUUGUGUGUGUGUGUGUGUGCGCGCGCGUAGUGUGAAAGAGCUCCCUGUCUUGGCCCCUGUCCUAUAGAGCUGCCCCUUCUUCUUAUUCCCCCCCUCGCCUCUUCUUAUUCCCCCCCUCUUUUUAUUCCCCCCCUCUCUUAUUCCCCCCCUCCCCUCUUCUUAUUCCCCUCCUCCCUCAUCUUAUUCCCCCCCUCCCCCCUCUUUUGUCCCUCCCUCCUCUUCUUAUCCCUCCCUCCCCUCUUCUUAUUCCCCCCCUCCUCUUCUUAUUUCCCCACCCUCCACUCUUCUUAUUCCCUCUCCCUCUUCUUAUCCCUCCUCCCCUCUUCUGUUCCCCCUCAUCUUAUUUCCCCCCCCCUCUUCUUAUUCCCCCUCCUCCUCUUCUUGUUCCCCCCACUCCCCUCAUCUUAUUCCCCCCUCUUCUUAUUCCCCUCCCUCCCUCUUUUUAUUCCUCCCCUCAUCUUAUUCCCCUCUUCUUAUUCCCUCCCUCCCCUCUUUUGUUCUCCCCCCUCCCUCUUCUUAUCCCUCCCCUCUUCUUAUUCCCCCCCCUCCCUCAUCUUAUUCUCCCCCACUCCCUCUUCUUAUCCCUCUCCUCUUCUUAUUCCCCCUCCUCUUCUUAUUCCCCCACUCCUCAUCUUAUUCCCACCCCUCUUCUUGUCCCCUCCCCUCUUUUUAUUCCCCCUCCCCUCUUCUUAUCCUCCCUCUUCUUAUUCCCCCCUCCUCAUCUUAUUCCCCCCCCUCCCUCUUCUUAUCCCUCCCUCCUCUUCUUAUUCCCCCCUCCUCAUCUUGUUCCUCCCCUCUUUUUGUUCCACCCUCCCCUCUUCUUAUUCCCCCCCUCCCCGCAUCUUAUUCCCCCCUUCCCCUCUUCUUACCCCCUCCCCUGUAGCGUGGCCGAGCUGCACUCCGGUCCGCGGUGCCCGGCCGGACUGAUAGGAAGGGGCACACUGAGUGUGCACUUCCUGUCAGUCCGGCCGGUGACAGGAAACAGAAACUCUGCGCGGAACUGCUUACGCCAAAACACGUGUCGGGCCAGUUUAGUUUGCCGAGGCACCUUCUUUGAUUUUACUUUGUGUGUUGCUGGGGGGGGGGGCGGUGGUCUAUAUCUGGGUGUAUGAUUUAGAUAGUCACUGGCUGAGACACAGUUGACUUUGGUUAGCUAGGCUGCCACGAAGCAGCAGAUGUUAGUCCCUUAAUAAACUUAACAGACUGAUUUUCAGCGUUGAGCGCUUAUUUAGCCUAUACUAGCCGUCUUUUCUUAUAAGUCGAUACUUGAGAUAUAGCUGGCUCUGGGUAACUAGGCUGCCACAAAGCAGCGGGUGUGUAUCUCUCUUUGCAUACUUUUUUCCAGUGUGGAGAGUUCGCUAAACCUCUUCUAGCCAUUCUUUUUUGAGGCAGGAGGUUUAUACCAUUUGAGCUUUUUCAGAGGGGGUUGGGAUAUAUGAGUCUCCUGAUUGCCGUUUGUGGCUAUCUAUCCAUCCGCUCACCCCUGUACCACUCACUAUAUAUUGGUAACGAUCAAUAGCCAACUUUUUUUUUUCCCCACUGCUGGAGUACAAGUCUGGAUAGGGAUACCAUCUAUAUCUAACAGCGCAUAUAAUACAUAUUUGUUUGUAUCAUAUGUAUUUUUUUGGUCUACACUGAUACUAAGUGUGACUCUCUAUAUUUAAUACAAAGUGAAUAACUCUGUCUAAACUGUUACCAUUUACAGUCUCCCUAAUUUCCAGAUUAGUUUUUCUACUCAUUAACCCUAGAGGUACCUACUUGAUUACUGAUCAAAUUUAGUAUUUAUACUCCUUAUACAUAGGUCCCUCGUUUGUAUGAGUAUAACACUAGAGAUCUACCUCCCCAGUAUUUUAAAUCUUUAUCACUACGGUUGAUUUAAUUUGUUCACAUUUUUUAGGUUUUUCACCUUUAUUCUUUUUGUUUCUUACUUUUACUCAGCUCAAUUUAUUAAUAAAGGCUAGGAUCACUCUGUUUUGAGAUUUUAACCCAUUGGAGGUUCUCUUUAAUGGAGCGUGGACCGCCCACCUGUUGGUAAGGUGUUUCGCUUACUCCAUUUAAUUUCUUUUCAAUUUGGAUUUAGGGUUUAACCUCUUGAGUACCUCCGUAACCAUAUUUGGGGAUAUCAGUGCUGACUAGUUCAACACUGUAACCUCCCCCUUUUUUUUCUUUUGAAAAAUUUACAAUAUCUUACUAUAUUAGUAUAAAAUAAUAUUUUUUUAGAACAAAACAAUAAAAUAAUAUUAAAAAGUUUUCAAUAUAAAUACUUGGUAAAUUUUAAAUAACCUCUGUAUCUGCACUAUGUAUUUAAUAAUAGGUUUUGAUUAAUAUCUGAAUUCAACAAACAAAUGUAUCAAUCAUUUCAGCAUUAUUACCCUAAGAAGUAUUACAUACUUUUAAUCUGAGCUGCAGACACAGAUUUUAAAUACACAGGAACUAUUUCCCCAAAAGGAUAAAAUAUUCCAAAUGUUGACUCAUACAAUACAAGGUAUAAACAUUAUAUGAAUCCUAAUUGCCACAAAGUUGCUGGCUUUCUUUCACUUCUCAAUGGAUAAGGAAUUCAGUUUUGAUAUAAACGUUAAAUGGAAAUGACUAGAUAUCUUAGAUUUUUAAGAGAAUAUUGAGUAUUAAUAAUUAUGUUUAAUAGGUGAAAUAAAUGCAAUAUUAGAGAAUGAGGAUUUAAGAGAAAGAGAUAGUUUAGGAGUGAGUGAUUGAAUAGAGUGAUUGAUCAAGAGACUGUGAUCAAUCAGGAGAGUGUGAUUCAAUAGACUAUAGUCAAGAGUCAUCCUUUCCCGCUAUUCUCUAUACCAUAAUAUUGGUUUCCUUAUCUCGGGUAACCUACAACUAUGGAUUUAACAUUCUUCAGUCAGAUUUGGUGGGUUUAGCAUAUGAUAAUUAGAAAUAUGUCACUGAUUAUUUAACUUUUACCAAAGCUUCACCAACAAGUGUGGCUCUUCUGUUAUGAAUGAUUUUAAUAUAGUCCUAUUUCCUGGAAUUGUUCAUAAUAAUUAUGCUGACAUGUGUACAUAGGUAUUUAAAUUAGUUUAUUGGAAUAUAGGUAAGUAAUUCCUAUGUGCCUUAUUCCUGACUAUAUGGCAAAUAAUGAAAUGUAGUUUGUCUGUGCAUAUAGAAACAUAGAAACACAGAAACAUAGAAAAAUAGAAUGUGACGGCAGAUAAGAACCAUUCAGCCCAUCUAGUCUGCUCAAUUUUCUAAAUACAUUCAUUAGUCCUUGGCCUUAUCUUAUAGUUAGGAUAGACUUAUGCCUAUCCCACGCAUGCUUAAACUCCUUUACUGUGUUAACCAUGUCUUAGUUCCAAGGUUUAUAACCACAGAUUGACUAAAAACAUAGACGUAUAAUUAAUUCAAAAGAUUUUGAAAAUAUCUUCUUAAUUAGGUAUCAACACUUCUUAAUAUAUCUAAAUAUGUAUGUGUGAUAAAAGUGUGCCCUAUAACUGCAUGCAUGGACAAUAUUUAUUAGAUAGAAAAAAAAAAUAUAUAUAUUGUAUAUUUGUGGUCGGGGCAAUAUUGCCAUAAUAGUUAGAUAACAUAUAAUUAGUAGUAACAUAUGAAUAGUAAUAAUAACAUAGUUUACAAACAGCAGUAGGUUGCGGUGUGCCGGAACAGACAAUGCAGUAGGCCUAUAAAAAAGAGGGCCCACCUAUAGAGGGUGAAAGAGGCAGUGGUGGGAGGGUUAACUCGCCAGACCAAUCACGGUAUGUGAGAGGGGAUUGGAGGGCCUUAUAAAGGGGACCCCAAACCCCUCCCACAACUACAGGUCCUGACUUAAAUUUGGGGUCAGGGCAAUAUUGCCAUAAUGGUUAGAUAACAUAUACUUAGUAGUAACAUAUGAAUAGUAAUAAUAAUAACAUAGUUUACAAGCACCAGUCGGUUGUGGUGUGCCGGAACUGACAAUGCAGUAGGCCUGUAAAAAAGAGGGCAAAAGGAAGUGUACCAUACAAGGUUUUAUUAGUUCUACAAUACAUCUCAUUAACUGAUUCCUGGAUAUAUAGGGUGUACGUGGAUGAUUUCCAGCAUCCCAUGGCCUUAAUGAUAAGUGCUGGAGAGUUAUUGGAUGAGACAGAUGAGGCUGCCUCUAUAUGAAAAGAGUGGCCGGAAUAGUGAUUUGAAUUAAGGCCAACGCUGGUUAGUAGCAUGCAAAUGUACAGCAUGAAUUUAGAUGCAGUGAGUGUGGAACCCUGUAGCUGAAGAAGUGGUUGGUGAGGUAAUUUUUAAAAAAGUGCUGAAGCAUGUGUCUAAAACCAGAACUGGGCACCAUGGACAUAUUGUUCGUCAGUCAGUAGGGUAGAAUGGUAUAUUGACCGGAGGUCCCAUCUGACGGUUGAGUGACAGGACGGUUGAGUGACAGGAUGUAGUGAUCCUGGGUUUUAGUGAUAUUCCUAGUUGUAAGGAAAUCCAUGGCCAUUAGAUUGGUAGCUGUUAAUUCCCUUGGUCUUAGAAAGCCAUAAAAGCCAGACAAGGCUAAGUAUAUGGCUUUUUUGAUUACUAUAUUGGUAUGUGCUUCAAAAGGAGAAGCAUCUAAAAUAUUGGAUAGGGAUUGCAAUAGUUUAGCACGGAUAGGUAGUCUCUUAGGGGGUAAUAUUUUUUUUUUCAGAUUUCUGUAUCCAUUUCAGCAAGGUUUUGAUUUGGUAAGAGGAUAUGAAUCCUGUGCUGUUUGGGUGUAGUAUUAACAUGUUAUAAUAUAACAUGUUAAUAUUUUUAAAAUAUUUUACCAGGAAAGAUACAUUGAGAUUUCUCUUGUUUUCAAAUAUGUCCUGGGUCCACAAAACAUUGCAUUGUUACAAUACGCUACAAUAAAAUAAAAAAAACAAUAUUGUAACGGAGCUCCUUGUACUCCGACUGAGUACCCUCCGUUGACGGAUGCUCCUAGCGCUUCCUGAGGACUCCUAGCACUGCAACAGACACCACAACCAGCGCAGACUCCGCAACCGCCGUAUCUUGACUGGAGUCUCGCCGUCUUCCUUCCACCCUGGAUCAGCUUCUGUCCUCCAGGACUGUGUGGGAAAGAACUCUUCCUUCCACCUUGUAUGAACCUCCAGCAUCCAGGACUGUGUGGUGAAGACCCCUCCUCCAAGGAGAGAGUGUCAGGAACAAGCUCUUAAGCUCUUAAAAGAGCUAAGUGACUCAAGCUCAGAGGAGAACUGUCAAAACCUUUAUUUCCCUUGGGACCAGCCAAUAGGGUCACCACAAUAACAUUGUUGUGAAACCUCAAUAAAAUCACAAACAGUCAAACCAUAUCAAGCAACACACAGUGACUUAUCACAACACAAUGGCACAUUUUUAAAGGGGUGGGGGGAGACAAUAUUUAACAGUAAAUAUCUCACCUGCCUGCAGAAUUAGCAAUAUGCAAAUCUACCCAAAUAUGCAAAUGAACCAGUCUUGCAAUUCAGGUAGUGCAUAUUGCUGUUGCUACCAACAGAGGGCACUAGACAAGCUCCAUAGCCAAACCCACCUAGUUGGUUAGCAAACCUCAGCAAUACAAGAGAGCAGGCAAUACAUUACACAGUACACACACACACACUAUAAACAAUUACAUUACACACACCCUGCACCUAUAAUGGGUACAGGGUGACUAAAACAUAAGAUAAAUAAAGCAGCCUACAUAAAUAGUCUGUCUGAAGGUAGACUAGGGGCUUUAAAGCCAGAUACAUGAAAGAGUCAUAGUUACAGGGGAGGAGGCUGGCAAGUAGGCCUCUCCAGGACCAAGUGGCGAAGGGUACUUCGUCACAAAUAUUAAUACACAAUAAAUACAAAAUUUAACAUAGAACAGGUAGGAAAUAUAUAAUCAACCAUGACACAUGCAUUCUGUUUUGAUGUAUGUAAAGAGGGGUCUCUUAAAGAACUUUAGGCUUGGAGAAGAUUUUAAAGUGUGCCGGAGGUCGUUCCACAAUUGCGGCACUCUUUAGGAGAAGGAGGAUCAGCCCACUUUCUUUUUGUAUUGAGGUAGACUAAAUAAAGUGCUGGUACUAGAUUGGAGCUUGUAGGAGGUGGGAACAGCCGAGGAGAGCAUUUUGCUCAGGUAGGGUGGGAGUUUCCCAGAAAAGCUCUUUAACACAAGGCUGGAAAGAUGAAGGGUGCAUUUGGAUUCCAGCGACAGCCAGUUUAAUUCUUUUAGCAUGUCACAAUGGUGGGUCCUGUAAUUACAUUGUAGCACAAAUCAGCAGAACGAGUUAUACAAUGUAUUGAGUUUAUUAAUGUGGGAUUGCGGUGCAAAUGCCUGUUAGGUAGAGUUUGAUGGUGUUCUAGGACAGUUUUAGUUUAAUGUGGCAAAAAGAAGUGAAACCCAAUAAAGACACCAUUGCAAAUUUGUGGUGUAUAUUAAAAUCAGCAGUGAAUUUAGUGAAGAGGUGAAAAGCCCUGUCGUAGGAUUUUCUAGUGAUAUCCACGAGUGCCAAGUGGGUCAGGUUCCAUGCGUGUGACAACAAUACAUUUAAUCCAUCAAAAGGUUUCGAAAUUGGGGGACAGGAGUAGCUAGAUGACAGGCAGUGGGUAGAGCCUCGUGAAAUGCCUGCAAGCGGAAACAAGACAAGUGAUCAGCGGAUACGUUAGAGACCCAAAGGAUGCGAAUACAUGAGAAAAAAAACUGUUGAGUUUCCUAGAAAACCUCAUGAUAAUCAAAGAAGAUUAGCGAACUUUGCUGACAAUGUUAUGUUAUCUGAGAAGCAUCUCUCUUAGAAAAACCAGGCAGUGACCCAACUUCAACCAGCCAAGGACCCCAGAGCCAGGUAUUGCCACAGGUGACUGUGAAUCCUGUAUUGGCCGCAGUAUCUGUCCAGAUUAUCGGGGAACUGUCAGAGAUUGGUGGGAUAAACAUUGAUUUCCCAUUCCAAUGUAGCAAGAAAUUGUACCACAUGCGUCAGUCUGCAGUUGCGUGAGGGUCCAAAGCGAUGCGUGAGCAGUCCGAGGGAAGGUGAAGGAGCAAACAGUGUAGAAGGGAAAUAAAAGAUCUGACUUGUGGAAUGAUCCUCAUGGCAAAAUUGAGCAAGCCAAGCAGAGACUGCAGUUCCUUCUGGUUGCAGUAACCCAAUCUUAGGUAAAGGUUGAUACUUGACAAAGUUCUCUUAAAUUUAUCAUGACGAAAACAGGAUAGUAUAUUAACCGAGUCAAGUUGAAUCCCCCAAAACUAAUUACUGUGUCAGAACCCUCAGUCUUUUGUGGGUAUCCCCAGGGUUUCAAAAUGACCGAUUGCAGCUGUAAGAUUGUGAGGGGGAUGAGAGUUAUCUCUUUAUUGCGAGGAAACAUCUAAGAAAUGUAUGACCGUCAGGCAUCUGCACACAUUAUGUAGCAACCAGCAUAGGUUUUCCGCCAAAAAAAUCAAAUAUUUUGGGGCUACUCUUAGAACCAAACGAGAGUCUGGUGAAAACAAUAUAUAGACCAUGCCACUUAAUGCCAUGCAAAUGCCAUAGUGAGGGGUGGAUAGGAAGUCAUUUGAAUGCAUUGACAAUAUCAGUUUUGCUGAGCCAUGCCCCAGCCCUAGCCGCGAGAGUGGCCCAGAUGACAUUGUCAAUGGUGGAGUAUUGUAAUGAGAACUCUUCUGUCAUGCGGUAUCUCUUCUGGGUUCGGCACUUCCGCUAUUCGGAGCCGGCCCCGCCCACUUCUGACGCAGCUCUGACAGUAUUUAGAGAGACCGCGCCAGGGAGAAGGCACUUGGUGAUUGUGGGACCUACUUCCAGGUAUACACGCCGGCUCCACAAGCUCUGACAAGCCGUCCUAGCCAAUGCAAGGAUUAUGCUGCAUGCCAUAGAGGAUUACUGGAGAACGAAUACUUUGCUAAUUUACAAUGGACUAUAACUCUGAACUCUUGGAGGACAACUCACCUUAACCUUAAGUAUAUCUUUCAACUAUUGUCUGCAAUAUCAUUUAUUAAUGAACCAAUUCCUUCUUGCUCAAAUCUUCUCUGCUUCAAGUUACUAAUUAUAUGGAGGACAACUCCCAUCAUGCUUAUUUACUAUGAACUGUUUCUUGCUUUGCAAAUACUCUCUGCUACCUGCUUAAUGUUUCUAUUGAAGAUUAUUCCCAGCAACCUAAAGAAACUUAUUUAAUACUUCUCUGAGGAAAUACUUUUUAAUGAACUUUGUAUUGUUUGAUAACUCGCACUUUCUUCUUAUUGGAUUAUUGCCUAUAUGAAAUUCAUUUAAGUUUAUCGAUCAUUAAAACUUUGUUUGAUUCUCAAAUUGCCAGCAAUCCUCUCUUUUCUUAAAGCUACAGUAUUGAUACUUUAAAGAUUCUUCGUUUCUUCACUAUUGUAAUUAAGGAGUUCUACAAGCUGCAGUUGAGUUCCAAUCCAAAUAACCCAAGUAGCAUAACAUCUUCUGAGGGUAUGAGGGAGUUAAGACUAGAAACCAUGGAGGAAUGUGGUGCUGAGAGGUCAAUGAUUAAUCUGCUUUUAUGCAAAGAUUUGCCAGUGGAAGUCCAGCGGUGUUCGCGAGGCCGAGUGUCUGAUUUUAAUUCCACGCACUCGACGACCAAACACAGCUGGUUGUACAUGCAAAGAUGGCCACCGCCACAUGUUCUUUCAUACGAAUGCCGGCCACCCAUCCGACCAUUGUGUUACAAUCCUCAAUUGGAGACACACGACUCCACUGGGUGGUCUCCCGUUCGGUAGUUGGUUUGACUGACGAACAAUAUGUCCAUAUUCUGCAGAAUCAACAAAAUCUAUUUGUUUACGGUCUUAGUUAAAGUGGUUUAAGUUGUAUAUGAAUUUAGAGCAUAGUCUAAUAAUGCAUUUGGGUGUCCAUGAAGAACUUGCUUUUUUAAUGUAAAAAAAAAAAAACAUUAUCCGCUAUUUGGUUUCAAACUGCUACAGAAAUGUUUGCAAUGCUGUUUUUCUUAAUUGUGACCUGCAAUACAAUUGUGUGUAAUACAAUAAUAUUAAUAUUUUCUAUCAUGAUAUGUCUGACAAACUGUCCACUGUCCAAAUUCAAAACAGAUAAAUAAUAAGAAGCUAUUUAGUAGAUAUACCCCCAAUAAAAACAUACAUGCAUUUAAUUAUGCAUUUUUUUCAACAGGUGUAUAUAUAAAAGCAGCUUGCCUUCUAAUCCCGUCCCAGACUUUCUGUGCCUGUCCAAUCACAGACUUUGCAAUGCAGCUUAGUGAGAAGUCAUUACAAGGCAGUUGCUCUAAGCAAUUACUGCCUUUUGAGUUUAGCUCCUCUGAGAUUAACAACCAUAAAGUAGCAGGGGUAGGGGGGACAAAGUUAAUGAACACUAUAGCGUUAGAAAUACAAACAUGUAUUCAUAACACUAUCCUAGUGCUUGAUUAGUUUUAGAUCCCCCCAGUGUUCUCUAAAAACCUGGAAAGAAAGGUGUUUACUUACUUAUCCUCUUCAUGAGACUUCAAUCAGAUCUAUCUGUGAUGGCCAAUCCAAUGAUCCUCUUAGAAGAAUAUUGGAAAUUGAUGCACAAGUGAGGCAAGAGCCAUGUGUGCAUCCAAAUGCUUCUCAUUGUAAAACAUGAAUACAAUGCUUUCCUGUGAGCUGCACUGGUCACAUGGUUGUUCCGGUGGAAGUACCUCUAGUGGCUGGAAGACAAACUCUACAGAUAUGUUUAACACCUCAAUGGACAUAGUGCAAAGCUGCAAAACUACAAAAUUACAAUGUUUUACAUUGCAAGGUUAAAACUAUAAUGCCACUGCACACAGAUCACUUCAGUGAAAUGUCUUUAGAAGUCCCUAAAUUUAUAAUUGAAUUCUGCACGUCUUGUAAAAUAAAAUUAAAGGACACACUCUUCACACCCAUAAAGCACACAUAUUUAAAGUGCUUUACGUGUUUGGAGUGUUCCUUUAACCUCUCACUCACUGCCCUUGAGUCAAGGAUUAAAAAUGGUAGCGGCCAGGAACCGAAGCCCCUGGCUUCUGUUCUAUUUUAAAUCCUCCUAUUACCUCCCUAACCCAGUGCUGUUUUAUGAAUCUGGCCACCACACUCUUUUGUCUUUUUGAAAAUGUGUAUCCAAAGCUUGUUCCUUUGCCAUCAUCUUUCAUUUUUCUUGAAAAUAUGUUUAAAUUGUCAGUAGUGAAUUUGAAUAUCAGUUAACAACUUCCAGAAUUAAUUGUGUUCUGUCUGGCUUUUGGUUUAUUAAUGAAAUAAAGUGCUAUUUUUUGUUCUAGAUCACACAGUCACGGUGUACUGACCGGUGUCCUCCAGGGUACAGAAAAGCCUCUGGUGAAGGUUAUCACAUCUGCUGUUAUCAAUGUGUCCCGUGUUCCGAGGGAGAAAUGUCCAAUGUAACAGGUAGCAAAAUAUAAUUCUAAUCAAAAAUACUUAAUUAAUAAAACAGUGUUUUGUAACAUUUGUUGUUUAUUAAUCUAUUCAAAUUAUAUUUUAAUCAGUGUUUUUAAUAGCCUUUAUAGCAACCAGAUGAGAUAGAAGGUACAUGAAAACUGCAUAUAGCAUUGUUACUGCCUGCAGUUACUUCUUUAAUUGCUAUUUACAUCAUACUCUAUUUUAUUACAGACAGUGAUAACUGCCAGAGAUGUCCUGAUAACGAAUGGCCCGAUGAAAGUAAAGUAAAGUGUAUACCUAAAACUUACGACUUCCUAUCAUAUGAAGAGGAUAUUAUCGUUUCUGUUUCAUAUUCCGUUUCUAUAGUAUUUGCUAUUUUAACAUUUGCUAUAUUGGGAAUAUUUAUUUUAUUCAGAAAUACACCCAUUGUUAGAGCAAAUAACUGGAAUCUCACUUUUAUCCUCCUGGUCUCCAUCAUACUGAGCUUCCUCUGUGUGUUUCUCUUCCUCGGUCGUCCUGUGGAUAUAACCUGCAUGCUUCGACAAUCGACAUUUGGACUAAUUUUCUCUGUAGCCGUGUCUUGUAUACUGGCUAAGACUAUUAUCGUUUGUAUCGCUUUCAAAGCCACCAAACCAGGCAGCUUAUGGAGGAGGUGGGUGGGUGUCAAUGUGUCUAAUUUUGUAGUCUUGAUAUGCACCUCAGUCCAAGUUCUGAUUAAUGUUAUUUGGUUGUCUAUUUCUCCUCCUUUCCAGGAGUUUGACAUGCACUCUUACCCUGGGAAGAUCAUCAUUCAAUGUAAUGAAGGAUCAGUUAUUGCUUUCUAUUGUGUGUUGGGCUACAUGGGAAUUCUGGCCUCCAUGAGUUUUGUUCUGGCUUUCAUGGUGAGGACAUUACCGGACAGUUUUAAUGAAGCCAAAUACAUCACCUUCAGCAUGCUGGUGUUCUGCAGUGUUUGGAUUGCAAUGAUCCCGGCCUAUCUGAGCACCAAAGGGAAAUACAUGGUGGCUGUAGAGAUUUUUGCCAUAUUGGCUUCUAGUGCCGGGAUACUGGGCUGUAUAUUUUUCCCCAAAUGUUACAUUUUGCUAAUAAAACCAGAGAUGAAUACAAAACAAAACUUGUUAGGUAAAACCCUGUAAGACUAUUUUAAUUUGUUUGUGUAAUUUUUUUUUUAUUCUUUCUCUCUUAUUGUUUCCAUCUUUUCAAUUAUAUUUGAAAAUGUUAAAGUAAAAUAAAAGAGUAUACUUUGAAAAACAGAAAUUUAACAUAACUUUAAAUAUAAACAAAAUAUUAAAAUAAUAAAAAACUAAAAAAUACAAUAAAUGUUUUACUUACAAUCAUUUCUAUGCAAAUAACAUUAAUAAGUAAAAAUGCAUGAUGAAAAAUAAUGAAUUAGCCCUCAUUGUAGAAAUGCCUCAAAUGUUAAUCAAUUAUCAUACGUUACAUAGUUACAUAGUUACAUAGCUGAAAAGAGACUUGCGUCCAUCAAGUUCAGCCUUCCUCAGAAAUGUUGUUGCUUUUGAUCCAAAAGAAGGCAAAAAACCUGGUCUGAAGCACUUCCAAUUUUGCCACAAACUAGGAAAAAAUUCCUUCUUGACCCCAAAAUAGCAGUCAGAUGUCUCCUUGGAUCAAGCAGCUAUUACCCCACUAAUUAGAAAUUAUAUCCCUGUAUGUUAUGUUUUUGUAAGUAUUUAUCCAAUUUCAGUUUAAACAUCUGUAUGGACUCUGACAAAACCACCUCUUCAGGCAGAGAAUUCCAUAUCCUUAUUGUUCUUACUGUAAAAAAACCUUUUCUUUGCCUUAGAUGAAAUCUCCUUUCUUCCAGCCUAAAUGUGUGACCUCGUGUCCUAUGUAUAACCCUGUUUAUGAAUAGAUUUCCAGAUAAAGGUUUGUACUGGCCCGAAUAUAUUUGUAUAAAGUUAUCAUAUCCCCUCUCAGGCGCCGUUUUUCCAAACUAAACAGAUUUAAUUUUUUUAACCUUUCUUCAUAACUAAAAUGCUCCAUUCCUUUUAUCAAUUUUGUAGCUCGUCUCUGGACCCUCUCCAGUGCCAUGAUAUCCUUCUUUAGAACAGGCGCCCAAAAUUGCACAGCAUAUUCAAGGUGUGGAUAAAUAUUUCAAGGAGGAAACUACUGAUUUAAAGUGUUUCCAAAGUUUGAUGUGUAGAACUAAAUGUUUAGUAGAAAUCACCUAAUACAAAUCUGCAAAACAAAAGUAUAUAUUUCUAGAACAUUGACCCCUAAUAUUUACAUAGGGAAACAUUUACUGUAAUUAUUAUUAGACUUAUGCUUUUGCUGUGGACAAGCUACAGUUUGGACAUUUUCAGGCAUUCAUCGGCUGAUAAUAUGAACAAUGAAAGAACAAACUAUUACACUACUGGAUGUGGGAAUCAAAUAUUGAAACAACCACCUGAUUAAUGCAAUUCUUCCUGGAAUACAUGGAAUCAUCUAAUGUGCACUGGAAAUUGUAUCAGAAAAGGAGACAGAAUGAGGAAGGACCUGUUAAUUUGAUUUUUUAUCUGUAAAGGCAGUGAAAUAGCUGGCUGUAUCUGUAAGUUAAAAAAUGAAAGCAAUAAUACAAUUAUAUGUUCAGUGUCCCAGGUGUCUUAUGGCGGGGACUCCUUCCUUGUUCCUCUCUGCAGGUGUCAGAGUUUACAGUCAGUAG